ACUCGCUUGUCACCCGCUCACUCUUGAACACACACUUACGCCUGCCCUCAGACACGCUGCUGCAACACUUGCCCUGAGCCGGUGUGUGUGUGUGGGUAUCCAAUCAUCCACCAAAACACCAUCGCACCAAGUGGAGUGAGACACCACUUGGUCUCUCACUCCUCAGGACUGAAACAUGCUCCGUCUCCUGUGAGGGAUGCUUUAUUCUGUGUGAAGCGACCAACAGGCAAGCGUGAAGCGCGAGGGAAGAAAAGGAGCGCUCUGACUCGCAGCCCUGAACCCGGACCUGGCUCCAAAAAGCAGCAGAUGUGACAGAAGAGGAGAGGCGGAGGAAAGAAACAAAAUCUCCCCCACCCCUCCUUCCUUCAUCUGAGAGAACAAUACCCAGCCUCCAGUUGGAGAGGGUCAGCUUUUGUCCCUCUCCCCACGCUCCUGCUGAAGAGCGCGGGGGCAGACAGACGCGCUGACACAUUGACCUGCUGCUGCUGUGAGAGGAGAGGACACUGCAGAACACUUGCUGCGCUUUACGCUCGUGUUUGAUUCAGUACUUGGACAGCUCCUGCCUGAGAGUCUUUGUGUUUCUAUGAGAGACUCCUCUAUCAGGAGACCCGCAGAUGCAGCCGCCGUGUUCCCUCCAGCUUGGCCCCUGUGGCCCCCCUCCAGUCCUGGGAUCGAAGGGCAGCACCGCCGGGCUGCAGCAGCUGGAGGAGAAGCUGCUCUUUGAGAAGUUUUGGAAGGGGACUUUCAAGGCUGUGGCAACCCCGAGACCGGAGAGCGUCAUCGUGGCAAGCAUCACCGCCCGCAGGAGGGUGAUCGAGUGAGUCCUGUGUUCUCUUAUCACGGCUGAAGAACAAUGAAUACCUCUUAUUUUGGUUCCUGCUGUUACAAACGUGUUAGCUGUGUUCCUGCUUCAGUGAGUUUUCAAACAUUGUAAAGUUUGCUGUCUUUUCCAGCAAGUUUCUGCACUUACAAAACAUCUGUCAGGUUGUUGUGGAGCGAUUGUUGGGAAGGAAACCAACAUUUUUCUGAAUUUACUGAUGCCUGAGCCCCCUAACUGAUCUGCUGGUAAACUUUAUGCAUUUGUAUACAAAGCAGUCGGUUUUUGAAGAUUUUAGCCCAGGUUGAGAGAUGCUGAAUAAGAAAAAUGUGGAUUCAUUUCAUACAAACAAGUUGAUAAAGUAAAUCUAAGCUUAAAAGAGGAGGUUGAUAAUGUCAUGGCUGAGGCAAACUUUGUUAAAAAGUUGAAUUUCUUCAUCUUGUGGCAUCUGCAUUUUACUGACUUUAUUUAACUUGCUGUAAGAACCUGCUACUCUCUUAAACUGCAGCCUUUCAGAUAUCAAAGCUAAAGUUGUAUGUCUUUUGAAAGACAAGUCAAGGCCCUUGAAAUGCUUUAAAUAUGGUCUUUGGUUUUGAUUUAUCACCAGACAUGAAUGCUCAAAAUUUCUCUGUGCAUGGCAGCCAAACACAGCUGGCCUGAGGAGUGUGACGCUGAGUUGAGUGUCCGCUCUCGAGGUCAUGUGGCAGCAUCGUCAUGCCUCUCAUGUCAGUCUUGUCCCCUCUCUUCCGUCUGUGACACUGCUGAAGGAGCAACAUGUCACAUGUUUGUCCCCUCACUGCGACCAAAGGUUAGCUGUAGCCUGUCAAAGAGGAGGAGAGGAGGAGGAGAGGGAAAGGCAUCUAUCUGCUGCCCAUUCCUUUUUCUAAUCACUGCAUUUUUAUCACAUUUUUGCUGCUUGACUUUCAUCUGCUGGUUAUGACAACUUCACCCCUUCUUUUAUGCAUGCACCGCUCUGCCUGCUGCACCUAUUUGUCAAACAUCGCACAACAGCAGCGAUGACACCGCUCUGCCUUUGAAAGAGGCGUACACUAAAUGAAACAAAACAGCAAACAAAUGUUCACACAGUCUGAACAUUUUCCACCGGCACCCUUGAAGACAUGCACAUAUGCGUUUGUAUUCUUGCAUGUCAAAUGCUCUAGCUUGCUUGGGUGACCUUUGAAUGGUUCUGACACCCACUAUCAACUUUCUCUUAUGUGAAAUUAGCUAUGUUAAUGAGGAUUAGAACGGCCCAUUUCACCCUACAUCAGCACAGGCAGCGGAAAGACACACUGAACCAGAUAAUGUGUCUUUAAUGGGUUCUAUUACAGCGGGACCGUAAUGCUGCACAUGGCCUGGUUAUUAGGGAUUUUAUUAGCUUGUGAAAUAUGAAAAAAAAAAAAAAAAGAUUUUAUCGCAAAAUACAACCAAAUAUGACAUUUUUUUAUUGCACCACAAGUGAAGCAAUCUAACCAAAUAUUCUCUGCUUUAAUGUUCCUGUCAAUCACCCAAAGGCUGGUGCCAACCAAAGAUCCAAAUCUAUUCCAGGAAAAUUAGAAACAAAGCAAUUGAGCCCUCAAGCCUGAAAGCAUGAUGGCUGACUGAAACCAACUGAGCAGCGGAGACUCUGGAUCCAGGCCCAGCUGUCUCUUUAGCUUCACUUUUUCUAAGAAGGAACCUCUCCUCAAGUGGCUUCGGCCCUCCACAGGCUCCAUCCUGGGUGACAGUGACAAUGAUGGCUCCACAUUAAGGGGGGAGGCGAGAGCGAACAUCCCCGGAGAGCAGACGUAAUGUUGCUAAUUUGCCCGAGUCUGUUUGUAAGAGGAGACAAGAGCGUCUUCUCCGGCGUCCACUGCUCCUCCCUCUCAUCCUGCAUUUGUGUUUAUUUUCAGCCGGGUGAAAUGAAGAGAGACUUUGGGGUGAUACAGAUUGUAAAUAAUGAGCGCAACACAACAAACAAAUACAACACCCAGAGAAUAUGGAUGCAAGAGGAUGCGGCUUGUGCUUGCAUCCUCCCUCCUCUCCUCUCCUCUCCUCUUCCCUCCCCUCCUGUCCCCUCCUUCUGUGCUGCACUGUUGAUUCUGCCCGAGCCAGAGCGAGACUGGGGAAUGCUUAGUCCAUCAGAAUGCAUGGCCUCAGGCUCGCUCCUUUUGCCUCUUUCUCUCCAAGAGGAAACAUCAUUAUUCACUGUGGAUGACUGAGGGGUGAUGAACAAUUGCUGUGAAAAGUGAGGGGGCAUUAUGUACGACAAGCAGAGAGGGAGAGGAGAGAAGCUGAGGGGGAGCCACAGGGAGAUGUUUCAUGCUCGAUCAGCAGGGGUCUUUCUUCUGUUUGCAGUGUCCUCGUCUCUCCUCUCUCCUUUCCUCCUUCUCUGUCUCUCAACUCCUGAAAUAAAAAUGCUGGAGGGGCCCAGGAGCCACAGAGGAGUAAUUAGAGUUUGUUGUUCUCUCCCUGUCCUCCCCUCUCCGUCCUCCCUGCCUCACAGAAGAGGGGAGGAGUGCACUGGCUCCAUUCAGUGGGGUGGGGCUCCGCUCAAAACCAUUAUGACCCUGCAAGCUGUUUUGUCACACAGGGGGGCUCCUCAUUAAAUAUGCAGCCUGGCUAACUUUGGCUUGUGUAUCUGUGUGAGUGUGCUCUGUGCAUUCAUGUGCAUCUGUACUGGAACUGUUUUCCAGCAUUUGCAAGGGUUUGAAAUGAGGGUGUAAGCCUGUGCACGAGCGAGUGUGUGUGUGUGUGUGUGUGUCUGUGUGUGUGUGUGGCUGCUGUAUUAGUGGGGUCUUGUCCAACACCGUGGCAGAUGGCAGGCUCAAGAGAAUGCAGUGCAAAGGAGGGGGGAUCGUGUGUGUGUGUGUGUGUGUGUGUGUGUGUGUGUGUGUGUGUGUGUGUGGUAGGGGGUUUCAGUUCUCUUACCUCAGCAGAUGCUGGUUUAACGAGGAUGAGAGGGAAAGGGUUUGGAGGGGCUUGUACGCUGACAGCCCCUGUGGGAUAAUAACAGCGAGGUGGACAGAACAGAAGCAACACUUCACAACAAAACUGAAUGAAAUCAAACAAAGCCUGAAAAAGGAGCAUCAGGUUAGUUUAUUGUUGCUCUUUUAGAGAGCGGACAUAGAUUCCCUGGAAAGGGACUAUAUAAAUUCACUUCAUUAUUCUCAGUAUUACUGCUAUUUUUCAUCAGGAAAAAGUCCAGAUAAGAUGUCCACAGAUAUACUCCGCCUAUGUAGAACAUCAGGAAGUGUUCAGGAGUUCUGUGUGAGCGUGAAAAAAAGGCUUUUGUCCUUCGACAUCUGAGACUAGUCAGUCCAUGUCACUCAGAUCUGGAUCUUCCUUUCAGCUCAAGUAACACAGUAUGUAUAUUGACCAACAAAAAGGUCUCUGUGUGAGGAUUUGAGGCUCAUAAAGAGAGCUUAUAGGAAUUAGCAUAUUAACAAUAACUGUUGUAGGUGCCAAAACAAGCAAACCCUUAAAGCAAAAUGUGUAGACCAAGUCUAAAACUCACAGGGAGUCAGAGCAAAGCUGCAGAAAAGACACUGAUGUGAUAUGAUUUCCUAGAGUUUCUUAAAGUCUAACGAUUUGGAUGAGCCAGAGGCGAGCGAUUGACUUAUGGCAGAGGCCAGUUCAGAGAAAUAAAGGAACGGGUUACUUUCUUCAGAUCUGCAGCUCUUUAAAGUGAUUUAAUUUUAGAUAUUUCCCUCAGCUGAAUGAAGUGUGAACGUACCACCCUGCAUACUUGGCUGUUCAAUAGCAUCUUUGAGAAAUAUACGAGUUUGGGCCGACUCUUUGUACAGGAUAAAUAAGAUGGCAUUGUGGAGGAGUCAGUAGAGGUGGCUGGAAAACUUUGACAUAUUUCUGUAAUUCAAAAAGUUCUGUGAGAUCAAACUUUUGAGGUUAAAGAAAAGGCCAAUGAGUGAGGCUGUAAUUACCAUUUUACCAAGAUUUGGGAUAAACAUAUAGCUAUCAAUACAGUGUUUCUUAAAUGUAUGCGAAAUAGACUAAAAAACACAAGGGGACCUUGAAUUGGACCUUGGGGGACACCACAAGUGUCAUGGGCAUGGGUGGAUGAUGUCCUUCCAAUCUGACGCUGUUAGAGGUACAGUUUUCCAAACGUUGAUGCCACUCUGAACAGUGACCAAAAGAACUCUCUGUGUAUUUUACCUUUUAGAUGACAAAAAAAGGUGAUGACAGUUGAUUUUACACUACAGAUUUUAAAGUACAUGAUCAAUUUAGUAUUGAAUAUGUUUUAACACCACUGACGAUGGGGUCAGCACAGGCCGGGCUACUGCAGCUUUAAGACUGGAUGUUGAAGCACCAGUAGAGAAAUGAACCUAAUAAAAAGAAAAUCUGGUUUAAUGAUAUGUAAAACAGAUUAUAAAUUUAAGUGGUUAAGACAUCUAGAGAGCAGGAGGAGGAUUUGGUGGUUUGACAGACUAUUCAGUUUGAAUUGGGUGAACAGAGGAGCUGGUUCAGAAAAGAUGUAGGCUCCAUGAAGAGGGAGGAAUGGGUGGAUUGAUAACUGAUUUAUUGAUUAAAUGAUUUAGAGCCUUGUCAGAUUUUGCCAUGGUUAUUUCAGGAUAGGCUGAAGGAUUUUAUCCUCCAGAGGCAAUCAGAUGAGGAAAAACAAGUAUUUUCUGACUUGUUUAACACUAAACAAGAGCAAAGUUUCAGUUAUAUACAAUUAUAGUUAUACAUGUACACUGUACUUACCAAGUCAGUGAUGUGUGGGCUGGAGCUGUAACUAAGUCUGACAGAGUGAGGUUCAUAUGAGUACAGAGGAUCAGACUGGUCGUAAACAUGCCAGAUAAUCUUCCUUCUGAGUUGAAAUAGAAACUGAGUGUACCCAGAAUGACAGGUAGAGAGUAGGUGGAGCUAUUUUGGCUGAACCUGGUUUUUGGAACUAAAAGGAAAUGGUGGGAUUGAUGGCUUGGAUCUGCACCAAACUCUGCAUGCUGAACUUUCAUCCAAAACAGAUGAUUAAAAAAUAUUUCACUCUGUAUAAAAAUAAAAGCCUAGUUUUUGUGUAAACUGUAUACUGAACUUUUGUCACACACAAAAUAAGUAAAAAGAAGACAUAUGCUUCAAUUCUCAAGGUGAAUUUCUGUAACAAAAAGCUCAGAAAUCUGUCAAUCUAUCGCUUAACUCUUAGUCUUCAUAUUUGCAAAACAGGUGAGUUACAAUAAAAAUCUAACCGCUGUCAAUGUGUGUGUGAUCAUAGAAAAUAGCUAUUCAGCCCAAGCCCAGUUCUUUUAAACCAGAUUGUAAACGUGUUAAAUGUUGCUAUGAGAUUGCUGUUUUAACAGGGGUGUUGAUGGGGCUUCCUUGGCUUUUAGAGCCAUCCUCAGAUGACCAAAUGUAUCGUGCAUUUUUUCAUUUUACAGUCAUGUAGACUGCACAUGAAUAGUAUCACACAGUAAUUUUUUACUUGAAGUGACAGGCUGGUUAUUUAUUAUUGCAACCUACAAGCCCAUUCACAAAUUAACAGCUUGAAUUUGUUUUCCCUUUAAAUAAAGGUUAUUUUAUUGAUUGUCAGACAGCUCAUGCCCCUGACACAAUCAGUCUUGAUUCAAGCAUAUUGCUGCCAUGUUGUUGAAAACAUAAAUUAAGAAGGCUUUGGUGUUUCUGUGUGGCCCCCUGUGUGCGAAUCAUUUGUCUUGGGUUUGAAUUUCAUCUGUUGCCGUAUUUUUUUAUACCGUCCACAAAUACUCACAAAUGCAGACUUGAAAUGUUCUGUGUGUGGGAAUAAAUGAAUACAGAGGCUGAGAGACAUCAAGGAGCAGCAGUCGGAGCUCCCCCUGAGACGAAGCAUCACUCUCCCUUUCACUCCACAGGAAUGACAAACAUGAUUUAGUGACGGACGAGGGGUUUGUCUGCCGUUAUAUAUAUCUCUGUCUGUGCUUCUGCUCUCUUCAUCGCCGAGUAUCUCUCCCUCUCCUCACAUCAGUAUCUCUGCCCUUCCUCCUCUCAGUAUCUGUUCAGUGUGUGUUAACUCGCCCUCUCUGUGCCUGUGUCAUAUUACUCAGAGGACACAGGAUGCAGCCGCCGAGGCAUGCUGACAGGAGAGAAGGAGAUGAUGUCGACUCCCCAGGCAGGAAUCAGACUUAUCACAGAAACAGAUUCACAUUUGAUAUUGAUUCACACACAGCCAAUCCAUUCGAUUCAAACCAGUGUCACUGAGUCAGCCCCUGAUGCACUGUUCCAGUGUGUCUUACAGCAGGAUGCUUUUUAUAUCUUAUGGAAAUUGGAGUUGAAACAGAGGUGCUAAUUUGUAGCGUGGAUUUAUGUUUGGCAUUGAUUUCUGCACAGCAAAUCCAUUUUAAUCAAACUAGCGUCUUGUGAGUAAAACCCGAUAACACUGUCACAGCAUGAUGCUUUGUGUUAGGAAGUGUAAUGAAAACCAUGAUUAUGGAGUUUGUGAUGGGAAAAUGUGUUUAUGCUGCAGUUAUAUCACAAAGAACAUGAAGGAAAUGCCCAGAAAAAUGUGAAUUUAUUGCGACUACUUAAAGAAAGUUCAUUCAUACAAACUAUGAAAUAAGCUGGAAAGUACUUGAGAAGCAUUUUCAUGAUUUCAUCUUUGCUUUUGUCUGUGAAAUAUCAUAUUUUUCAUUGUAGGGCCUGCGAUGGCCUCUUCAGUCACCCAACUUUAGGAAAACUUAAGCAUUUCUAGCGUUUUCCUUCAUGCUGAGGACCAGAUAUGAUGUCAGAGGUCACGAUAUGACUAGGAAUUCUGACAGACAGCUUAUUGCAGCUGCUGCAAAAAAGAGAGGACUAAUAAGACUUUUUAUUUGUUGUUGGGGCUAAGACCUCUGACAAACAAGUUUAUUUUUUUAUUAAAGCAAAAGAAAGAUGUUUGUAGCUUCAGGCAAGAAAUUUUAAACUUGUCUGUUGGGUUUUGAAAAAGUUGUGUAGUUUAAAAAAAAGUGUAGACAAAAGUCUCGUGGAGUUCAGAAGGUUUGCAAAAUCUCUUUCAUGGCCAAAACAAAUAAAAAUAAUCUUCAACAGCAGAUACCAACAAGUCCCAAAUGAAGUUUUAGAAAAAACCUAUUUUACAGUCUGCUAGAUGAUAUGUAUUCAUGCUGUGAGAAGACUGAUUCACUCAAGUAGAGAGUCACUACCACCCCAGUAAGUUACACAGUUUCACUAUUGCUUGCUUAUAUCAAUAUUUUUAUUUGUUUUUUAAAAGAGAGUUAUCGUCACUGCUGGUAUACUGUAAUAUAUAACAGAUAACCUUUAUUUUGGUAAAAUAUCAGCGAAGCUGUGAUAUGAUAUAAUGGCUCAAAAUAUUAUGAAAAAGAUGGAUCCCAUGAGGCCUCUGGUCAGACCAGGAAAGAUACGUUUAAGGCAAAUGAAAAUAAUGAGUGUGUUAUGGCGAUUGAGCAUGAUCAAUUGCCAGAGAGGAAAUGAAAGUCUGUAAGAAGACAAACAGGUCACUUUCUUCUUUAAAAACAUGCAAAGUCUUGCUUUAAUGAAGCAACAGCACUGAGUUUCUCCCAAAGACAUAAUGAUUCAAAGAGAAUCAGUCAAACAAGGCUCUCUUUUUUUAGAUGAUUUAUACUGAAAAUUAAACAAUGCUGUUAAAUUUUCAAAGGCAACCUGCAGUGGCUAGCAAGGCUGAUCACUUCUGCUGCUCCAUUAGCAACACCAAAGUUGUCAAUAUUUUGUUGUACUGCUAACAUGUACUGCUGAACUUAAUACUAGAGAGGGACACGAUGUAAAGUUCUUCUUCUGCCUAUAUCUAAAAGAAACUAGAGGAUUUAACUAUUUUUUAUCAUCAUACGCACCAGUCAAAAAUCUGCCUGACACAGCUGUGGCACAUUCAAGUUAGAAAAUAAAAAACCUAAUACUGUGACCCUGAAGAAGAAUACCAUUAUACAUGAGCAGGUGGGUUUAAAGGUGUUAUUGAUAAAUGCCAAUGACUCUGUUUUUACUGCAUUUCUGGCUUCGAAAGCUGACUUUGACAUUUCAAAAUAACAUGUUGCAAAAGUGAAAUCCAGACUUGGCGAAGGAAGUUUUACCUUUGACUGUGUCAUCUUGGCAAUUUUCUUUGAACAAAAGUUGAACAUGCCUUUCUCUAUAGAGACUUUUUCGUUCACACUUUACAGUUCACACCCCAUGGACAGCAUGUUUGAGAAUAUUUUCUUAAGCAUGUAUUUUAAUUUCAAAGUGUAACUCAUAUCCCAUCUGUUCAUAUAGACCACUUUAAGACCUUAGCUGCUCCAAAUAAUUUGGCUUCACUUUAAAGAGCUGUCACACUGCCUUUUUUCAUGCAGAAUCUAAUCGAUGGACCCAGAAAUUAUCUAAGAGCUGACUAUUAAUAGUCCAGAUACUUUAUGUAACAUGAUGAAACAAUGACUGCAUACAAUCAGCAGGGUUUUUUUGUGCAUUCAGAGCUCUGAGACUCUUUGAAAUACAGCCAAUCCAUUUCUUUUUGUUCUCAUGAACUACAGGGGAGAGGGUUUGAAUCAGAGAAGGAAUCCUUCUAUGUACACAUACACAUUCAAAGUCUUGUAAUGAGAACUUUUUUUCAAUGGCUGUCUCAUCCAAAACCUCUAAGGGACGAGCGUUUGUGACUCUAAAUAGAAGCAGCGCAUGAAAUCAAAGAAGUCUUGGUACAGUCUUUGUUGUUUCAUUCACUGUUUUAUUCUCCUUGUCAGGCAGGCAGGCAGCAUGAAAACAAAUAAAGACCUGGCUGUAACCUACAAAAACCAUAAAUAGCAAUGACAUAAACACAAAGAAUAUAAAUAACAGCCGAGGUGAAAGCGUGACAGAAACAGCUCUGAUAAAUGUGAGUCUUAAGAAACAGUUGGAAUCCAUCAUAAAGACACGGGCAACCUUUAAUUUGUUCUGCAAGACAUUUUGAAGAAGUGAGCUAUAAAUGUUACAGUGAAACAAAAAUAAUUGACUAAAAAGUAAUGGAGACACUUUGUCACAGGGAGAAACAUCUUAUAUGAUUUUUUUUUUAAGUUUUGGAGUCUUUGCGGCACACUUUUACUCUUCAGACCUCUGUACAAGUACACAUACAUGAGCCUGCCACUAUUUAUUUAAAUUAAAGUUAAGUUAACCGUUACAGUAUCCUGGUCCUUCACUCUCUAAACUCUGAGCAUAUUUGGUCCCAUACAGGAACACACACAACACAAUGUGCACAAAUUCCACAGAUGGGCAGACAUGGACACACACAUGGAUAAGUAGCCAUGCACAUAUAUAGGCGAACACAUACAGUACAUAUGAGGGCUGGCACACAUUGCGCCAGGGGGUGGUUCAACUUGAUAAAUCCUCCAGAGCUGAGCAGCAGCAGAAGCAGCAGCAGCAGCAUUUUUGAAGAUGAAAGCAAAGAGCUGGGAGUUAACCCUUUCCCUCAAACAUCAGCUCAAAGCUGCUGUGAAAUUUCCCCUCAUAGAUCUCAGCCUGUGGUCCACCUCAGUGAGGAAAACUGUCCUUUCUUGUGCAGUGCUCUGAACACCAAUUUUCAUGUGCAAUAUGCUCUUAUAACCCAGGAGUAUCUUUUGGCCAAAACAACAGUUUGAAAAACAGGGGAUCAAGUAUGGUGACUGUUAGAGGUCAGUAGACUGGUAUUUGAGUAUGUUGUUGCAUACAUCAAGAACCACCUUACAUUAAUCUAAACAAAAAUUAAAUGACAUUAUGUUUCAUUGGAAAGUACACCUACUGUAUAAAUCUGUCAGUUACAAUUAAUGGAGUGUCAGGGGGAGGUUAACCAAGUGCAUCAAGGCAAAGCUAAGACAAGCAAUACAAGUAUUACUGAAAACAACUAAAUGAAAGUUCAGGUUAACUUUAGAAUCUGUUGCAUGUCCGGCAAUCCACCACCCGUACUGUUAAAAUAGGAGGGUCCCUGCAAUCCAAAGUGAGUGAAAGAUUUAAUUCACACACAUUCAAGCCUAUCAAACAAAAUCUAUGGAUUACAUCAUAGCUACAACAACCAUAUUAUCUUACUCAAGUUCUUUUAAAAAGGUCUGCAGGGGUCUAGCUUGGAUCCUCUCUUAUUCACUGUUCAUAGGCUUCUCCUGGGAAAAGUUCGGCAUGAUAUAGACUUUCACUGUUAUGCAGAUGACACUCAGCUCUAUGUCUCCUUAAAACUCGGCCCCACUGAUGUUCCUUGCAUUAUGUGAUGUUUGUCUGAAAUUAAAAAUUGGAUAUCUAAAAGUUUUCAUGGUCUGUUAGUGUAUCGUAAGUUAGUGUCAUCAUUCUUCCUGCUUCCAGUUUGAGCUUCACUGAUAAUUUGUCCUCCUUGUCUUUAUAGAAUUAUUCUAGUAUCGUAUCUUUCCUAAUAUUUUAUCUGUUGUAUGUAGUUAUUUGUUUGAAUUUUCAUUGACCUGGUUUAGUGGUACAUAUUUAGGCACUGUGAGACUUGUUUUUCAAAGGUUUUAUCCUAAUAAAAUUAUUAUUACUACAAUUAAUAGACUAAAAAUAAAAAAAUAUAUCAACACACUUCAGUUUUGCACCAAUUAAAGUAUGCCAUUAAUCACAUUUUAAGAGGAUUAUGCUGUGUUUAAGCUGUAAGACUCAGGCAGGUAUGUAAGGUGUAAAUGAAGUAAAUGACCUCUGAGUCAACGUGUGCCUCUGUCAGCACCACCUCAGUGCUUUAGAUAGCACUGAUGUGAAUGUGUAAGUCUGUGUACAACAAACAAUGAUUGCAAGACACAAACAAAAACACAAUUUGAUCUGUGUAAGAUGUUGAUAUUCAAUCAGCAUUAGUUAAACAGAAGAGAGGACGUUUUUGUGUCACGCUGUGAAGAGAAAUUUUCUGCUCCAGCGGCAGAGGAGGGGAAUCUGAUUUUGUUUGAGCUGGAGUUUUAACGCCUGAAUUAGUUUAGUUUCAUAAUCAUAACAAGGAAACAAAAACAGUCGAGCAGUAUGAAAGUGAACUGUCUGGUUCGUUGCAGUUCGAACAGUUUGUGUGUUGAAAUCCAGCUUGAACUGGAGUUAUAUGGAUCCGUUCUCCACCUGGUUGCACUUCCUCUAUGUUACAAUCGAGUGCACUGACAUUUUAAAGGACACCAUGGCAUUUAAGUCCAUUAACAUAGUAAAUUGUGCUGCUUGUUCAGAAUACUUGUGUGUGUGUGUGUGUGUGUGUGUGUGUGCGCGCGCACGCGCACGUGCUUGUUAUUUAUCAGUCUGCCAAGUGCAGACUCUGCAAGAAAAAAUAUAACAGAUGGAGACAUAAAGGCAGAAAAAUAUCUGAAAUAAAAUGAGAGGGUGUCUCUCAUAAAAAGCAGAAUUUAUCUCUGUAUUUUCAUUUAAGCAGUGUCCGUGAGUUUUUCUCAAAAACUGUCAGGAGUCACUAGUUCUAGUUUUCCAAACCUCAUCUGUAAGGGUCUACUGGGUUUCUUCUCUUCGUUUGACUUUUAGCUCUGUUUUUAUUCCACAGUGGAGCUUAACCUUGUCCAAGGGCUCCUGAAGAAGAUACUUUUACUUAUUUGACAUUGAAGAAAAGAACAGGGAGAAAUUGAAUAUGAAGAGAAAUGACCAAAAAGAAAUAGACGAUCAGUUUUUCUCACUCAGUAAUGUGUGUGUUGUGUGAGAAACACACUGUUUGGAUUCGAAGGAGCAUGUCCAACAACAAGCAGCUUUAUGUAACUGGCUUUUGUGAGAGAAAGCAGAAAAAGGAGUGAAAAAAGAGACAAGAAUAGAGAGAUGGUUAUUUAACUCAGGAAAGGUGUCAGAGUUUUCAGUAAAGACAGUACAUAGUGCAACUGUCAACCAUAAUAACUGUUCUUUCAAAGACAGACAGACUCAGAGGAAGAUGAAAAUGAAUAAAGAAAAAAGGAAAUAAUAGGAGGGAAAUGAUGAAAGAAAUAGUGUAAAUUAAAAUGAAUUUAAUUAAACUGAGGGAGAAGAAAAAAACAAGACAAAAUACAAAGGCAGUGAUGGACAAAUGACAAAAAAUAGGAGAAAUAAAAAAAAGAUAAAACAAAAGAAUGAAAAUAAAAAAGAUGUAUGAAAAAGUGUAAAAGAGGAAUACUAAGAGAAAUAACUGAAUAAAAUACACAAAAAGUUCAAGCAAAGGAGACACAGGUAAGUAACGAAAUAAGUAAAGAGAUAAAAUGAAAGGGAGAAAACAAAAGAUAAAAUGAAAGGCAAAAGAAAGGGUAAAAUGAAGUUAAAAAAACUAACUAAAACAAAAAAAAUGAAUUAACAAAACAUAGAAGGAAGUAGGACUGAAGAAAUGACAUGAAAUAGACAAUUGAAAAAGAGAAAUGAAACAAAAUAGAAAGAAAAGAAAAAGAAAAGAAAGCAGAACGACUGAAGAGAGAAACUGGGUAAAAGAAAAGGAAGAAACUAAUAGUUAGAAUGACUGAAAAAGAGAAAAACACAAUGAAGUUACAGAUAAAGAGACAGAAAAAGAAGUGGAGAAAAAAGUUUUUAAAAGGUGUCAAAAGAGAGAAAAAGGGACAAAUUUACAGAGAUUCUGUGAGUGACAUUUUCAGUGUGUGUUUCAGGACACUGGGGCAGUCGAGGUUAUUAUAUUUUACUGAAUAUCAUAUUUCAGCACAUGAAUAGAAAUCCUUUCUUCAGUCUUGGCCAAAGGGAAUUGAAUUUUAUGAAACCUCAUAAUGUCCGACAUUGAACAAACUCAUAAUAGACAGACAGACCGAGAGUGAGAGAGAGAGAGAGAGAGAGAGAGAGAGAGAGAGAGAGAGAGAGAGAGAGAGAGGGUGAAAGCCUCCCCAGUCCUCCUCUAGCUCUGUAUGAAAUGGACGUCAGUAAAUCUUACCGACAUUCAGAGAUGACCCAUUCCUCUGAGCCAUUCAUUACUGAGGGAGGGCCGGCCCGCUCAUUACGAUAUAUUAGAUCCUCACAAAGCAGGGACGUCUCUGGACAUGAAAAAGAUAUGAGCCAACGUUCAACUUUAACUGCUGAUGAUUUGGCCUGCAGCGAAGAGGAACCUCACACUGAGGGAUGGACAUAAAAUAAGGAAGAAUAUGAAGGAGAUGAAUAAAAAUAAUAAUCAUACUUUAGUUUUUACAUUUACAACAUCAUCUGAUUUAUUUUCAGUCCCAUCACUUAGUUUGUUUUUGUGGUAACGUCCAAUGCAAACAAACAUAUAGUCAUAAAAGUCAUUAUGCAAAUACAACAGUAUGAUGGGGGACUAGUUGUCGUGAAAAUUCUAAAACUUUAUACCAGUAUGUUAUGUUUUCCAGUGUUGAACAGCAAGAUUUUAAAAUUAUGCCCAAGGAUGAAGUUGGAUAAAGAAGAGAAACUCAGCUUUAACCCGGUUCAACAUGAAAAGUUGUAGAAAUCAAAUUUUUUCAUUUGUGUUUUUGCCAACAACUAAAACUGACUUUUUCUCAGAUUUGGAUAAUAAUAAGUUUUUAAAAAUGGAGCUGCACAGAAAAAAGAGGACUUGAGCACAAACCAGUCUUACAGAAACUACAUGUCAACAUCGCAAGCAGGGGGAGAAAAAACUAUAUUCUGUGUAAUAAAUUUCUAAAGUAGUUGCUGUUAGCAUGUUGAAUUAAUAGAUUGAACAGCAUAGGAGAUGCAAACAUCAGCUGAGGCUGAAAAGUCACAGUAAAAACAAUGAAAAUCUUAGAGUUCACCAAAAGCCAACUUGACCUGAUUUACGCACAAGUUUUACUUUCUUCUAAAAGCAAAUCCCCUGCUAAUGUUUAACUCUGAUAAAGCACAUGUAGAGGAUAUUUUCAGGGGAACUAUCUCAUCUUUAAACAUGUUUGUACCUUUGACACACAUUAGUACCUGUUAUUCACACCAUCUAACAUAUUUGUUCAGUGUACAAUAAUCCUCUCUCUCUCUCUCUCUCUGUGAUGGUGUUUGAGGUCUAGAGAGUUCCAACAUGACUGAUAUGAGUCAGGUACUGAAUAUAUAGCGACUGAAAAAGUCAUAAUGAUAAUAAGAUUAGCGGUGCUUUAGGGAAAAUGCAGAUAGUUAUUGCCACGUCCAACUGGAAUGUGCCGUGAGGAAGCACAAUCACUCAUAAUGACAGCAUGCUGAAAUCCUUCUCAAUCUAAAAACGCACUGAGGCAAAGGCCUCAUUAAAUAUGCAUACACACCCCAGAGAUGGCAUAUUGGAAAAAUCUGAAAAAAAGUCCUGUGUAAUAGGCUGAAGCUUUUCCCCCCUGGCUGCAAAUUUAACUCCAGAGUCGAAAAACUCCCAGGAGCGUCUUAUUUAAUGUAGAUACGCACACACACAUGCACACAGAGGACGCUCCGUUGAUGAGUUUCAGCCUCAGUGUUGUCUUACAGUGACUGUCAGAAAUGUUAGCCUCAAUUUAUAUCGUUGCACACUACUUCCUUUUGUAACUGGACCCCUGAAGCGGUCACAGUAUUCAUUAUUAAAAUGCAAACUUAUCAAAGUCAACUCCUCAUCACUUAAAUUAAAUCAUUUCAAGCCUGAGUGCCUCCCACAUCUAGGCCUCCUUCUUCAUUUUUCAUUUUCGCUUCUUGCCCAUCCUCAUUUAAGGAAGACGGUCCGUCACUCACGUGGAAUUGCCGCCAUUUACAUAACUGAUGCAGGGGUGAGGGUUGCAAAGUGUGGUGGUGUUGAUGUCGCAAUGCAAUCGCAGAUGGAAGUGGAGGAAUUAAUUGGCUCGCUGCAUUACCUCCCUCCCUCUGCCUUCCUCUCACCUCUGCUGUCAAUCGUUGACUUGCAAUGUCACGCAAUGACAGGCCAUUGCAAAACUCUGACACCCUCAAGGUGAAAGACAGACUUUCUUUGCAUCAGUUCACUGUGAAAACUUGGUGGUGAAGUUGCAUCAGAGAGUAGCUUCAAGUCUGAAGUGUUUUUUUUUUUUGUGCUUCUUUUUCCUUUAUCAAUCAGUGAAAGGGGACAUUUCAAACAGCCUGCGUUAAUAAUUUAUGACACUAAACCUCUUAAGAUACAGUUAAGUAGCCUUAGCACUUUAGCCUGGUUCUGUUAUUAUUCCUGAUUCAAUAAUAAGUCAUAAAUAAGAAAACCAGUUAGCUUUGCUUUACCUUUCUGAUGAGCGUAGAAAAAUUCACACUGGCCAGAGUCAUUUUUCUCCUGCGUAAUGUAAUUUUUACUGCCUUUUAGCAGUAAAAUGACUUUAUUAUAUCUGUGAGGUUGAGAGGGCUGCUGAUCAAUACCAGCGUCCCCCAAUUUUAAGACACUCCCAGCACAUAACAACGAGCCAUUAGUGCAGUUAUAGCCACUGUGGGUAAGGUUUUAAUGUAACCUGGACACACAGUGUCACAGACAGUAAAACAGCCUUUACAUUUAACUCCAUCACAAUGCCAAUCCAGUCUGUUUUUCAGUUCAGAAAAUCAGCCAUUCAAAGGCUUGUUUUCACAAAUUGGAGCUUGAUUAGUUCAGCUUAAUGAAGGAGUCCUGAAAAUCUUACUUAAACAUUUAUAACUCUGCAUAUUGUUCUUUGCUCCGAGCUUCAUUGUGUUCAACAUGAAAAAUAAUGACUUUGUAUUAAAAUGGAAUAGAAAUGGAAUGAAAACAUCUUCAGGGCGAGACAGGGUUGGCAAAGAGAGAAAAUAACAGAGUCGUGAUGGGUUAUAAAGAAGUCAGUCAGGACCAAACAGAACAGGGAGAUAAUUUCACUCCCGUUUCACCCUCAGAUUGGUUAAAUAAUUCAAGUGAGUGAGUAAGAGUGUAACAUUGAAUAAAGUACAGAAAUAUGUGCUUUUGUCCCUGAAAACUUUUCUCUGCUGAAGUUUAUAAAUCUGAAAGUUCUGAUGUCCAAAAAUGGUCAAAUUUACUGUCAAAAUCAGCGUCUUAAGAUGAUGCUGGUGAAGUCUUGAGGAAUAAAUCUGAAUUAUUUUGAUGACCUGGGGAAUGGACACUUACAGUAUCAUGGUCUUUGAAAAAACUAUGAGUUUGUGCUAAAGACUGUAUAAAACAUUGAUGUAACCUCAGCAACCAUAUAUACUGGUCUAUGGAAAGGCGUUGAAGAGUCAAAUCAAAAUCUCAAGUGGCGAUGAUUUGGCCCUUGCACCUUUUACCACACUGAAUCUUGGGAUAACUUCCAGAAUGUGUUUUCACUAUGAACCAAAAGUAUGACGAUGUGUCCAGUUAGUAUGCUCGAUACAGAGUACAUAUAACAUAAUGGUUUAGCAAUGACUCUUACCAGCUGUGAGGCUUUAACUUUGGACGUCAUAGUCCAAGGGAAUCUUCACAGCUGUAUAUUAAUAAAAAUAUAAAGAUUAAAGGCUUAUGUGAUGGUGCAGAGUAAGUAAUGUUUGUGUCCAAUAGGCAUAGUUGUCAGGUAUCCUGUUUUGGCUGGGAAACUACCGUAUUUUACCCCUCUUUCCCGCCAUCUUCCCAUAACAGUAUUCUCCUGUAAAUCUCCCCAACUAUAAAAUAUGUAUGUAAAAAAACACUAUUCUGCCUCUCCAAACUGAACUCUGUCACUAGCGCAUGCUAAGUACCCACCAAGUAGUAGUAGUCAUCAAGUUGUCAUCUGUGAUAACACAGACGAUGAAUUAAACCCCCCACCCAACCCUCAUCCCCGCUCGCUGCUCUGAUCUGAGUAGAGGGUGGAAAAUUUGGAAUUUGGAAAAUUUAGAUCAGAUAUCGUAUAAGUUACUGGCAUCUUUCCGCAAGGUGGCGCUAUGACUGUGGUAGAGUAAUGGAUAAGUUUGAUCACACAUGCACCCUGUAACAUUAAACUGAAAUGACUAGACUUCUUGUUUGAAUAAGAGAAGGGUUCAAUAGCAGUUGUUGUAGGUCUUGGCAUGACACAUACACCGAGCAAGUUUCAUAGUUCCAGACCUAUUAUUUAUGUCAUAAAUUAUUAUUUCUUUCAGUGAGAGUUUGACCUCUUUCCUCCUUUUUUCACCAACAAGUUCAGCUGCCUUGAGCCUCUGGUCAAAUUUCAGAGGUUCUAACUCCCUAAUGCCACUUCAGACGAGCACAGAUCUGGUUUUCCAAGUAUCAAGCUGAUCCUGAGCAGUUUAAGAUGCUCGCAUGUCAAGGUCAGCAUCUCAGGGCAAAUAGUGUUGGUGCAGCAGGUGCAGAGCUGUGCAGAGGGUGCAGACUUGUAAAAACGUUCGCAGGGUGCUGCUUCCAAGUGUGACUGUUAUUCCUGGUGACAUUCCAGUCCUCGGCACAUCCCACCGAGAACCGACUGGGACAAAUGGAGCUGACAGGUUUGCUGCUGUUCUCCGAGUGAGAGGAGACAUGCUAGGAAGUAAAGUAGAGAUCUCCUUUUCUGUCGGGCCAGAUCACCCAGAGAGAAGAUGUGAGAUAUAAUCCUCCUCUGGACUAUUUUCAAGCACAGCGUGUUUCUGAAACGUCAGAAACACUGAGAACUUCUUCAGGCUUUUAUCAGGAGGUGAUUUAUGUCUCUUUGUAUUCAUUGAGUGGACAGUCUCCCAAUUUGUAAUGGCUUGAGCAAAAUACAAAACUUUGAGGCUAUUUUCUACUUGCAAACUCCAGAAAAUCAUAAAAGAGUGUUUUAAUUUUUACAUGACAUCAGCACACUCCCCAAACACCAUGAGAUUGGUGUUUUUGUUGCCUUAGUUUCAGGGAAUGGCUCAUUUCUUUCCUUAAUUAAGUUCAGUGACAGCCUUGUGAGCUGCUCAGUUAUUAGACUCUGGUUAAAUAUGGUCAGUGUGAGCGAUUCUGAGGCUUUGGAGGAAGAAAUAACUCGGUAGAUGAGCUCAAACUGCUGAUUCUUUGCUUUAGCGACAAGUUUUGUUCAUCACUUUGAGGAAAUUUUGUUUGAGGGGUUGAAAAGAAGCUCUGCCCGUAUUCAUUCACAUUUUUAUGCACAAAAACCGUUAACCAGCAACAGCCAACACCUUGUUGAUGGCAGUAGCAGAACUAAAAAGAGAAAAUAUGAGGAAAUCAUCAACUUUUUUCCCUGAAAUCUCCUUUUUUUUACUCGUCCAAGUUUGAUUGUACACUGUAUCACAGUAAAAGAAAAAAUGAUAACACUGGAUGGCAAUGCCAUUUCCUGACUGUUGCUGUUAGUCCCUGCAGCCGUCACCACAUUUUGCCAGCCUAAUCUUUUCUAUUAAAAUAAUAUUCAUUUUUCUUUCCACCAUCUGCCUGAAUCCUCUGAUUACAGCUCUCUGUGCCUGUUAGCUGGUUAGUUCAGCUGAAUCCAAGAUGGAGGUUUUUUUUUUUUUUUCAUGAUUUUUGCUAUAAUUAAGCAGCUGUAAUGAUUAGUAUAGUGAUCUGUUAGCUGUGGCAUUACGCCCAAAGCUCCCCUCCUCUCAUGCUAUUCUAUGUGAUGCUAUUUUUAAUCUUAACACCUUGUUGGAAAUAGAAAUAUCCUCCAUUAUCAGUAACAUCUUGCUUUGUUUGCUUUGUAAAUCCACAAGUAAUCAAUGAAUCUAUCCAGCUCUGUCAUACAGGCAAGACCCCCACAAUCCAAGUUUAAUUAGAGUGUAAGCCUUCAAAGUCAGCCUUCUGCCUCACCAUGGGGAGGUGAUCUGUUAUAAAUUCAGAGCCAGUAAUUCAUUAGAUAUAUGCAGCCUUCAUGAAAAUGAAUCACGCGCUCAUUCGGUCAAUGACAGAUUUUCUCUGACACACACACACACACACACACACACACACACACACACACACACACACACACACACACACACACACACACACACACACAAACACACACACACACACACAAUGUUCAAGUAGGAGUCGGUGGCUCUAAAUAUUUAGAAAUGAUUUCAGGUUUUGUGUCUGACUGAUGAUCAUAUGAAGUAUCUUAAAUGUUUUUUUAAAUGAUGCAUUUUUCUUUGCUUGGAUUCAGAUGGAAUCCCUCAAAUGGUGAUUUAGUGAGACAGUUUCAACACACUGUAGGUAGAUGGAUCGUAAAAGAUUAAAAAACUGAGUUGUCUACCAGCCUCAGAAGAACAGAUUAAUAAAGAUAUAGACAUUGCAUUGGCCGUCGACUUUGUCCACUAAUUAAAUUUAUCUGGCGGGGAUCAGGGUGAUCUGGGGAUAUUCCGCCCAAUUAUAAGAAAUAUAAUUAAUGUCUCUGCUCUCUGCUCAAUCCAAUGUGCUCCUAACGUCUGUGAUAGCAAUGAGGAAUACUUUUCCUUUUCCCAUUCCACUUUUGCAUCGAUGAAAGCAUCAGUUAUCGCACUGGGCCUGAUUCAUUUGGAAAACAUGAAAGCCUUUCUGAUAACCACAUAAUUAAACAGUUAUUUUGGGGCAUUCAAUUUAAACUUGGGCUCAGCAGUGCCCUUGUCAGAGGAAAAGAAUCGCUUUGUCUCAGCACUCUCUUUGACUCCCAGACCAUUUAAAGGGAAUCCAGUCGCUAUAAAACACCAGAUCUGACUACAACAGGAGGCACAGAGUUAAUGAUUUGCCUUUGAUCCGACCAGGGCGAUGCACAAGUGCCUUUUGUCCUCACAUAAAUGGCUCCCUGGAUCAGUAGAGGACUGCUAAAUUAUUAAGGCUGUUCUGGAAGUUGAAGUUUUUUGGCAUUCCUCUUGCAUUGCACAGAGGGAACCUUUUGGCAAAGAAUCAAAAGGCUUAAAAUAGAAGGAAUCAGAGCUGUGUUUGCAAUAAUCAUGAUGCCUAGUCCACCAAAAAAUGCAGAACAUCUGUCUCAUCCCAUCAACUUUCAAAUUAACCUACAUCAUCUCAUAACUGUUCAUUGAUUCAGAAGUUACUGCAGCAAAAUAAAGCACAGCACUUAGUAUCACGUGUUGGACAUUGAGCCUCGGGCUACGUUUUCUCUCCAGGACGCCCUCAUCUUGUUUGAUUUAUUCAGCCCAGUUGGGAGGAAAAGAGCUGGUCUAUCAAGCGGUGAUUUGCGUAAACAAACAGAUCUUGACUGGUGGCAUAAUCCUUCCCAUAAUGGCCGAAGGGAAAAAACAUAACGCACUGAGAUAUCAGCGUCAAAGUCAAAGAGCAGAAUAGAGUCUAUUUUUAAUCCACUUAUCUGAGUCCUUGAUUUUCUGCACAUUUGCCUCGUUAUUCAACCUGAUGAAAAAUGCUUCUGAAAAGCAGCGCUUUUGAAUUACAGGUGGAGCAAGUGAAUCAAAUCUUCUAUGCAGGUCUGUGUGAGGUGAUAAGGAAACAUUCCUAUAAACUCAUACUGCGUUUUAAUCAUGUUUUCUGCUACGGUAAUACGUCUGAACGCUUCAGAAGAUGAGAUGUUUUAGAGGACAUAAGUUAGCUUGUUGCUCCUCUCAUCCUCUUCAAGAAAAACCUCUCAGCACUUGCAGUGAUUGACAUAUUUUCUCCUUCUCCCACUAAAGUCCUCAAACACCCCUCUCUCCAUCUGUCGCUGCCCUUAACGACACCUCAUCCAGUCAAGAAUGGGCCGAGAGAGGCAGAGAUUAGGGGCUAAUAUCGUAUUGGAAAAGAGGCAUAAUCUCACAGACAUCCUAUCUUUUCUCAUAAACUAGGAGGCACUCCAGCCUGAGUGACAGCCACCAAGGUUAGGCUACAUCACAUUGGAGGAGUCAGGUUUAAAAACCAGCUAGCAAAGUAGCGUCUUAGCCUCCAGGUCAUGAUUGCGGAUGAGCGUCUGUGCUAUCAGCGCUAAUCCUGGCCUAAAGCUCCAUACCCCAUUACCCAUAUUACUUCAGGACGUGAGGUGAUUUUUCAUUCGUUUUCAGAGAUUUAUAAUUAUUUUAAUUCUUUGAAAAUACUUCUAUUUGUAUGAUUUGUAAAGUGCUGAGAUAAAUUUUCGACUGCCAUGAAGACGGACAGGAGUGCAUCAAUAAUGACUGUCUUCUGCAUAUAAAAUUCUGGCACAGUUUCCUCUUUUAGAAAUCCUAAAAUCAGAGAGCUCUGCUUCAUCACUGUCCUCGGGUAAAAACAUAUUAAACUCCCAAAACAGACACAACCAAAUUCCUUAUACUUUAUUUGUAACAGUUUCAUGUCAGUGUAUUCCAGUAUUCCUGCUUUAAUUUUGGCUUGAACAUAAAGUGUGGAGCUAGUUCAGGCAGGCUACACCCUCUGUUUAAAACCAGUACAGUUCAGUACGUAUUAAAAAGCAGCAGAUGUCUUUUUACAUUAUUUUUGUACAAAAAUACAAAGAAACACCCCAAGGAAGUGAACAAAAGCAUCAUAAUAAAUUAGGGUUAUUUACUGCUAAAAAACUACUAUACUUCACAAAAACAUUCAACAUAUUCAAGCUGGAUACACCCGGUUUAAAAACGAGAUUUCACAGGAGCUUUGAAGUGUGACAGACAAUGAAAUAAUUCAGACCAGACUCUUAUACCUCUUGAACCCACGAUUAAAAUCCCCAUAUUUGCAGUUUCCUCAGCUACAUAAAGGCUGUCCUCUAACUGAGAUCUAUUAGAGGCCUCCAAACAAACCAAAAUAACCAAUCCCAUGUUGCAUUCUUCUAAUCCAGAGAAUUGGAGCCUUGGUCCAAGGUUAGAGUACAAACCUCAUUCUUGGCCACUUCUAUGACAGCAAAAUCCUGGAUCAUGUUCCUUGGAUGCAUAUGAACAUGAUAAAAUUAUUCUGUUCUCCAUCUGGUGAAAGGAUUUUAAUGUUUACCGUGCUACCAUUAACCUCACAGCAGAAUCUUUCUAUAUUUAGAUGACUACAGUCGAGAAUAAAGAGGUUGACAGGGCCUUGCUUUAAUUGCAUGGAGUUCCCUGCAUACUGACCUCCAGCAGCCCCAGAAGAAUAAGGCUUAAGUCACUUUUAUUUGGGCUUUUCUGUUUUCAUAAUCUGCUUCUUCUCCAAACACUGCAGGAUCAGACUCACCUUCUUUAAAACUCUGUCUCCUCAAGUUCCCCAGAGUACCUAGAGUGGACUCCGCACUUCUGAGUCACUUUUAUGUCCCCCUCCCCUGGCUAUUCUUUCCUCUCUGUGAAAUGGGCUUGCAGGAUUUCUGUGACAAAAGAAACAGACUCUGGUUUACAUUAAGUAUCCCCACUUCUCCGACACCGCUGCUCCUCUGUUUGCUUGGAGAACGGCUGUGGUUGCCAGAAAGAUGACAAAAAACAUGCUGUCAACACGCUGACGCUGUCUAAAGCAGCUGACAGGCUUUGCGCCAGAUGCCGCAUACAUGCCUUGAGGGAUUAUUCCUGAACAUAUCUUAUUUCCCAAUACGGCCUGCACAGCGGGAAAUAAAAUGAAAUGUGCAAUUUAUAAUAGUACGCCUGUUUACCUAUGUUAUGAAGCAGUGAUGCUUUUCAUAGAGCUCUCAAAUUAGAUCAGCCCUCAAUAUGCUCAGUAUGCCGGCUCAUGCUACACUGAAUCCAUGGAAACCAUUUUCACCUUGAGGAUUUCUGCUGUGAUGAGGUAUCACAUGAUGGGAUGAUGAUAAUGAACUUUACCUUUAUGUUACAUUGUGGAUUACAUUUCAAGCAUCAUAAUACGAACUCCCAAAAGCUGUGACUCCCUAUGACCUUUCAUUCAUGGCCUCCUAAUGAUCCCGGUCUUCCAAUAAAAAGACAUGUUUAUGCUUAGUAUUGUAUGAUUAUUUUUAAAAACGGAGACAUUAACUAUUUGCUUAGAUGCAAACAAAGACUUCACCCCUGAAAACGAUGCUUUUUGAAAACUCUGUUUGCAUGUAAACAGAAAAAAAAUGGAGGAAAAUUGAGAUUUGGGUAGCCGACGGCAGAAUGGGUGCAGAGAAGACGGAAGAGACAUUGUUGUUGUUGUUGCUGCUAUGUGAGAUUCUGAUUGGCUAACGUGGGCUUGAGCUUCUCGCUACACUGCCACCUAUAGGUUUGGCAUGCUCUUGCCGGCAUAUCCUCACGGGUUUGUGUAAAUGAAAACUUUUUUCAAAACAUAGUGGUGUGCAAACAGUUUUUUUUUAAACGGAGAGGUUGAAAUGUACGUUUAUGAUAAUAGCCAAGCACGAUUAAAUGGCAAAGAGAUUGCUGUCUGCAGCUUCAUAGGCUUCUCCUCUAACCCUUGGUGAGAAAAGGAGUACAAGCAUUUCCUUCAAGUGUUGCAAAUUUUGAGGAUUUGGCUAAAAAAAACCCAAAUGAUAAAUAAAUAGGGCUUUUCUAAGGGCAGAAUUUAAUCUUAGUUGAUCAUCAGGUAAUUGGGUAUCCAUCUUAACCAGGCUGUAUCUUGAAAAAAAAAACCUUGAUAGUAAGAAAAAAUGAACAUCAGGGAAUAAGACUUUUUACAUGAGGAUUUUUCAAGGAUAUUUCAUAUUUUGUGUAAUUCUGGUUCAUAUUAAGUUGAGUGAGGAAUCUCUAAAUAGAUGUGAUUGAUUAACUUUUACUCACCUGUUAAAUUUGCAGGUACAUAAAAGAAACCACCAGACAAGCACAUUUUUCACUUUCCAAAAAUAGAUAAUAUGACAUUAAAUCCUGUGUAGUACAUUUGACACAGUAUGUUUCAAUAAAUGAAUGACAAGUUGAAUACAAAACUGAGACAGCAGGCCCAAGCACGGUUCAUUUAAAGUCUUGCUCUCAAAGGACAUGGUUGCAGCCUAAUGCCAUGUGGUGCAGUGUGUUCUAAAAUUUGAGUGUGCAGCACAAAGAGUUGUUAACAUGCAACAACAUAAGACUACAUGUGCACACUACUACUCCACACUGGAGCCUCACCUUAUAUCCAUAUUAAUACAGUACCAACAUGCAGCCUGAUUCUUCAUGGUGACUCCGUUCAAAAGCACCUUUGACUUUGAGGGGGAUUAUCCUUUAAUAAGGUUUAAGCCCAAUAUAAGAAGAGUCUUAAAUUAAGCCAAUCAUUUGAAACCAUGUGACUGUGAUGAUUUCAAUUAAAGUCAACACAGUUUUCUGUUUGUCACACAAACACCCGAGCUAGAAUAAAGACAAAACAGAGACCAAAAGUCAAGCAUUAUGAUGUACUCAAGUUCAGGGUUAUCUGACUGACAAAAUGACACUCAACAUUUUAAAUCUCUUUAUUUUAAGUACAAUAAACAGCAAGGUCCUUCGCCUAUAUAGAAAAUGUCUGUCCAUAACUGUUAUAAGGAGCUAGUUUGUUGAGCUAGGUCAAAAGCCUUUUCUUGAGGUGAAAUCCACUUUUGGGGGAGGGGCUCACUUAAGAGGAGUUACAUUCUUUAAAUCAAUUAAAGAGCUUCAAACAAGCACCAGGCCGUCUGUUUGGCACAUUUGUAUUUAUGUCAUCAUUGUUCCCCCUGGAGGAACAGGGGUUACGCAGCUAAAUAAAUCCCCUCAGGACCUUGACGGCUCCCACCCUCCCACACAUUAUAGAUAAUGGAAUAAUUCACUUGCCCUUGAGCCCUUUUGCAAUGCACCCAUACAGAACUUCUCAUUGGGUUGGCAGCAAAUUGAAUGAACCUCCUUUCCAUAAAACGGUAAUGGACUCCCUCAGAUAGCCCUCUAAAUAACAGGUACGGUAGGGGAGGUGAGAUGAGCCAAUUUAUUAUCUGACUUUGAGGAAGGUGCGUACAGAGGGGAAGGUCACUCUCUCAUUGAUCACUCCUUUCCCUGUAGGGGAAUGGUAAUUAUGUGUACCAACAUGCUCUGGGGUCACCUCCAGCCAUCACUGCAAAGGGUUAGAAGCUCUCCUGGGAGGAAGUAAAGCCGUGUAGUGGAACGUUAUUGUUUCAGAUAGAUUAAAACUGCUGCAUGUUACUGAACUUGUUUGAUUUUAUGGUGAUGUGGAAGUCUUUGGAAAACACGCUGCAGUGUAUUUUGUACAUUUCACACUUCAUUUAAGCAAAGACUGGGUAUUAAUUUUGCAGUAAUAGCAUGCAUGGGCUUUCUGCUUAGGGAGGAACACUAUAAAAAUCACUAUUUCAUUUCAACUAGCUGUUGAGAAGAGCUUCACAGAAUCUCUCCCAAACAGUGACAUAAAUGGAGCCUAAAAUCAAGAUCUGGACUUUCGCUUAAGUAUUUAUAUGUAAUUCACUCUUUUUCUUAGAUAUUGGAGUGCAUAUGGCUCCACGUUUAGUGAAUUUACAAAGCAAGUAUCUGUGUGAGCUCAAUAGCCAAACAUUCUCAGAGCCAAAAAAAGCACACUGUAGCAAAAGGGCUUAAAAUGAACAAUAUGUUUCAGUCCCUUAAUCCGCACUAAACAUGCUUGUUAUGCAAACCCAGUCUCACUAACCCUAAAUCAUGAUGUCGAAGCUGUAGCACAAAUCUCCCAAUUAACUUCAAGGCCAGAUAGGUUGUAAAAGUUCCAUCUGGCAUCUACCUCUGCAGGUACAGAUUUAAGGAGCAAAACAAACACCCAACCAUGUGCUUUUAAAAGCUGGUUAAUGGUAAAUGGGCUGCACAUAAUGAUUACUCUCAAUUAUAAAGGGGAAAUUCUCUGUGAGCUGUAGUGGUGUGAGCAGGUGUCCUGUUUUCUCUGACCAAUAGCCACUUUAAAAAGUAUUGAGCAUAUUAUUGCACAAGACGUCAAACAAAAGUCUCUCAGGGCUUUGAGUUAAAAGUCAAAUCCAGAUUUUAAUUCACACUGGUACACAGUAUAAGAUGAUGUCUCUUUUCCUCUGCAAAGACCUCCAUUAAGUUCAGCAAUGUGCAGACUUUAUCCAGAUGUGUAGCUCUUUCUAGUAAAAUCUGUUGUUAUCUCCACCUUGCCAGCAACCUGUAUAAUCCUUUGAGCAGAGCAUUCACCAGUGUCGACUUUCACAACUGGUUUGUAUUAAGGCAACCUAAGCACUAUUGCUCCCUUGUAAAAUGAGAGGCUUAGUUCACAACCCCUAAAGCUACAGAGUUUGACUAACACAUUUCUAUUGAGUAAAAAAAAAGUAGAAGAGGCAGCUGAAGCAAAAAAAAAAACAUGGUUCAAAAUCUAUAAACAAGCAAAACAGAACAACUUCUGACCUCACCUCCAGGCUUUUGCUUACUAUGGUGGGAAAACAAGUGGAGGAAAAUUAACUCUGUGCACUACCUAAUUUGGCCAAGCAGACAUGAAUCCAUCAGUAGCAGUCAGCUUGGAGUAUCCAGCUUCUUCAGGCACCAUCUUCGGGGCAAAAUACAGCAACACAAUAAAAAAAAAAAAAAAAUUCAGAAAGGCACCAAAAAUGUGUCUUAAACUGCUACUAUUGCGGUAGUUCCUUGAUAAGAGGGGCAGGAAAAUGUUAGAAUUUUGUGAAUAUCCUAAUAAUUUACUCUAUCCAUAUUUUAGUAAAAAAAUAAAAACAUAAUAAAAACAUACAUAGUAAAAACAUAUCAUAGUUAAAAAAAAAACUACUUUUUUUAUCUGUUGAAAUGAAGUAAAUGGCUCCAUUUUAAGCCACAUAUAAGAUGUGAAGAAUUCUGCAUUAUUUUUCUACUGAAUCAGUUUGGAUCACAAUAGGAUGAUGUGUUUCUUCAAGUUUUGAUAAUUUAGGAAUUAAGUAAUAAUGGGACAUCAUGAAAUACUCAAGUUUAAGUGAUCUCUAGCCAGAGGGAAGGUGCAGCCAAACUUUGUUAUUACUGUCAGGCAAGUAGAAUGAUCCGAGGCAGAAAAAUCAAAACAAAACUUUUUACUCAGCAGAGGGAGCUAAAAAUAUUUUGAAGAUGCUCAGGAGAUGAGAUACUUUUUUUUUCUUCCUAACUUCCUAAGUUCCUCCGAUCACAGGACCACCAUACUAACUCUGAUUAUAGCUCAUUGUGAAGGCUUGUCCUCUUAUCUUUCACAGGCUGAUGUCACUCCUCUCUCCAAAUCAGAUCAUGUCUCUCAGACAGCCAGCAGCACCCACACUGAUUAGCAGUGAAGGGGGGAGGUGGGUGGAGGAAGGGGGAAGUCAGCGGGUGUCAUGAUUGCUCUCUGCAGUCGUCCCAUUCUGCAUGCCCUGCUCCAGUUUUAAGAUGAUUAUUUUAGAUGAGGUAGCCAGGUUGCAUAGCUAAUUGAAGUCUCCUGAGGAGCGAAAAGUGAUAUGUCAUGCUUGAAACUAACGCCUGCACACAUAUAAAUACAUGCACAAUCAUGUCAAGUGAGGAGAGAGUGGUGAUGUGUUCACUACGAACCUCUAAAAUGAUGCUGUGUUUAAGAAGUGGACACAAUGGGAUUUGAAUGGUAGAAAGAGACAACUUAAAGAGGGAAUAUAAGGACACUGAAGUAAGAUAUAGGCCUUAAGUUGUACUAUAGAGUACGGUACAAUAGGAGGGACAAGGAAUCUAGUUUAGGCCAGAAGAAGGAAAUGAGGGGGAAAAAGUAGAGGGAUGAAGAAAAAGAGAUUACACCAAGGAUGUGACGCCCUGUGACCCAUAUAAGAACCCACAGGGUGUAGCAACAGACGUGGGAGGAGGUCCUGACUUUGAUACGCAGAGACAGCAGGUGGUGAGGGACUACAGAGUUCCACUCAACAACAGACUCUGCAUCUUGGACGAGACUCAAAUAGUCUGAGACAGAAGGUUAAAGCAGCACAGAAGCAAAGACGAAACAAGCCCGGAGGUCUGAAACAAGCAUAUGAGGAGAGUGUGGAGUCACUUGGCUUCAGCUUGCAUAUGACGACAUCCAUUGAGGUACAUUUAUAGCAGCAAAAAGGAUGGUGGGUCUGCUUGGUCUGUUAGAUGCUGUGUCUCCAUCUGCUCGUGCAGCACACCUGACAGGUUACAAAGAUGCGGAAAGUGAGGAAGGAGCAUGGGAAUGGUUUACCUCUUCAUGUCUUCUCUUCAAAACCAGCAGGACAGGACAGAGUGCUCAGUGUGAAAAAACUGUAAUGAGCACCACAGAGGACGACAGGGACAGGUGUCAAAUCCUGGCUUAUUUUAGAUCCCAAGAAGGUAAGCAAAUGGUAAAAUGUUUUUAUAUUUUUAGGUUUAAAAAGAAAAAAAUAGCCUGGCAGAGGAGUUUGAUUCCUUUUAACUUAUAAAGGUUUAACUUACACAAGUUUCUGUCAUUUUUAAAAGGUCAAUAAGUCAGCUCAAAUUUAAUUAAAGUUGAUUCUAUAACAUUUUUCAGUUUCUGUCCUGAUUCUCCAGAUCGAGAUUUGCAUAUUGGCUGAUUUGAGAUAACAUCUAGUUCUCGGAAUGAUAAAACAUUUACAUGAAUCUUUAUUCAGUAUUUCAAAAGGUUAUGACCCAUCCUUUAAAUGAUGCAAUACAAUAUGGUACAACAUGCUGCAAUACCACGACACGACACAACACAACAUGGUACGAUAAAAUACAAUGCUAUAUAGGGGUGUAACGAUUCAUUGAUCUGGAUCGGUAUAUCGAUUGUUUGAGCAAUGAUUCAGUCAAAUCAAUUGAAAGUAGGGCUGGGCUGAAUGGGAAAAAGUUUAUCACAAUAUAUAUUUUUUCAUAUCCGUCAAUAUUGAUAUACAGUAUAUCAUGAUAUAAAAAAAUCACUUGUCAGUCUUAAAUGUUCCCUGUUACUCUUAAAUGAAAUUUAAAGAUAACAGAAGAUUCAUUUUUAUCGAAGUAUUCAAUUUGAAAGUAUAAAAUCGAUAUCUAUCACCAUUUUUAAGCUUUUAUUUUGAAAGUCCCUAUGCACACUGUGUUAUGACAGUUUCUGCCCAUCCAUAAGUCACAACAAUGCUAGGCAUGUAUAAUAGGUAAUGGCUAGCAGCGGAGAAAGUCAUAAAAAAGACACUCACAAACCUCUCUGGAAUAAAUCAGCGUAUAUGGAAGUUUUUUGGAUUUCAGGGAAAAGACUGAUCAGGAGACAGAACACUUUGUGCUUUUAAGUAGCCCAAAUUACAUCUAAUUUUAAGAGGAGCAAUUGCCACAAUUUAUAAUAUUUGCCCUUUUCUGCUGUCUACUACAUUACUACACAAAGGUCAUUUUAUCACACUGUUUGCCCAGCAGUUUAAGUGUGUGCCCAAUAUAUACAAAGGUUAUAGUCCUGGUCCCAGUGGUCACUGAUUUGACCCCUAGCCAUCACCAUUUGCAGCAUGUCUUUCCCAAUUUCUGCUCCUAACAUUUUCUGCCUCUCUUCACCUGUCCUAUCCAAUAAAGUCAAAAACGCCCAAAGAAUACCUGAAUGACAUUUGCUUUGAUUUUGAAAGGAUACAAAGGAUAUCUUGGCCAGAUUGUGAAAUUACAGAAGAAAAUGAAACCCCUGAAGAGACAAUCAGAAUGAAAAUAUAUUCCAUGAAUUAUCACCUAUAGGGGCACACGCCUUGCGUUUUCAUCAUUCUCUCACCCUGCCUUCCUCUCUCUCUAUCUCUGUUACCUACAGAGCAGGUGUGUGUGGAAACACUACAGGCAGCAUGAGCAGGAGAGAGAAAAGAGAUCACAGCAGGAGGAGAUGCUCUUUAGAUAAAGAAAAGAAAGAUGGUUUAAUGGUCUUCAAAUACAUUCCACUGGGCUGCCAAGGUACUGUCCAGGUGGGAACCCAAUGCUAUUUUCAGAGCACAGUUUGUGAUAUUGGUGUGGUGUAUUUAAUCGGCAUCUUAGCCAGUAUUAAAGGAUUUACAGUGAUACUAGAACCAACACUGGUGUCCACAUUGGACUCUAGUUUUAACUGUGAUUGAGGAUGAAUCGCUGAUGAAUCAAUCCAAUCAUCAACCUCUCUAAAAGCUUUUUCUGGCUUGAGUGUGAUUUAUCGUGAAUAUGUUAAUAAUAGUGUAGACUGACAUGUGAAAACACAUCAUUAUCCAGGAUCCAGAUGUAACAUUUUCAUUCUCCACACCCUCCCUGCCAGAUUGCACACUGCUCCUAUGAGGGUAAUUCAAUAAAGGGGACUGGGAAAAAAAGCCUCUUUAUUCCAAAUUCAGCUUCACUUUCUAUCCUACUGACAUUGAUUGUCUAAUGAGGGAGCAGAUACUGUGAAACACGGUCACAAGUCAGCCUUGGUGAAUAAUUCACGUGGCUAUUUUGCAUGGGAAAGGGCAUCACGGCUGAGGACGAGAUUGGAGAGAAAAAAAGAAAGAACAGGCUGGUCCAUUUUGAACUCUCUCUAAUUACUCCCGUAGAUCUGGAUCUUGUCAGGAGUUCCUUUCACUAUCCGUCCCACGACUGAGGUGUCGAUUGGCCCAUUGAGUUUCAUUCUGCCUGUCAUGGCCGGCUGCAAACCUGAUAUGUUUACUGACACAAAUUAGUGUGGAGCUCUAGCAGCUCAUUAAGGCAGAAGGGGAGAUUGAAAUAGCAAAGUGUAGGGUCCCAAUCUGUUUUCUUGUUGAGGUCCCUGCAUGCAGACAGUUGCGAGAGGAAAAAAUGUGUAAUGCUAGGAAUGAUUCCCACAGAGCCAUUACAAGGAAGCAUGAUGGUUGGUAAUUGGAGGUAGAAGUGGGAGGAGGCAGCUCAGAAGGUCCUUGAUGCACAGAUCUGCGACUGCUGGUCUGCCAAAGCCGCUUCCAAAUUAGCUUCAGUGUCACGGAGGAAGAUAUUUACAGUUUUCUUUGUUGCUGGAAAAUAUCACUCGUUUAAUUGGCUGAUUAGGUUUCAAACAGAUGGCAGUUUUUCUCUUCUGUCUACUCUCAGUUAAUUGGAGGAGGUGCGCUGCGAAAGUGUUUGUUUUGUCUUUCACAAAAACUCUGUUACUUCACACAGAAUCCAAAACUAACACCCAGAAUGAAUGCUCAAUCUUGAACCCACCUGUCAGCUGCUCUAAGUGAGCAAAUGAGAUUUCAUUUGGAACAAUGAGACCUCCUUCACAGCUCUGUCCUGCAGGCCCCGUUUCCUCCUUCCAAUUUUUUUUUUUUUUUUUAUGAAAGGCUCAACUCUUUGUCUUCGUUGGUCAAAUCCUGCAGAAACUUCUGCCAAUCACGGAGGCUUUUUCCUCUGCAGCUUCCUGCUGGCCCGUUCAUCCUCUGGUGUCAUAGUCGUGCUAAUUAAACUCAGGGUGUGCGAUGAUUAUUGCUCGCUGCACUCCACAUACAUUAGCAUCUGCAGAAGGCUCUUCAGUAAUCUCCUUUACACAGGAAGAAGUGCAGGGAGGAAGUGUGCCUCACAAGCAGCUAAUUAAACCCAACUUUACCCACUUCCCUCCCUCCGCCUUCACACAAAGAACCCUCUAAUCACUUCUAACUCGAUUUGGAAGCAAGUAAUUGAUGCACAUAUAAGGUUUAUGAUGCGUGAAAGGGGGGAAACACUUUCACUUUAGAUGUUAACAGUCUGGGAUGAGAGAGUCAUGUGACUCUGGGGUUCUUCUUCUUAUUGUUCCUUCUUAGUAAAGAUGUCGAUUUUGACCACAAAGGAACGAAGGAUGAUGAUGAUGGUGAUAAUGAAAGCAGCAUCAAUGUGGUAUUGGUACAAAGUUUGAGGCCAAACAAGAGUCAGACAAGCUUUGUUGUGCAUGUUACAAACUGUUCAUGGUGCUGACUUUGGAGAUUUUCUGUAGGAGUGCAUCAGGUUGGAUUUUUGCAGAUAUCCAGUAUGCUGAUAUUUUCAGACACAUUUCAACUGACUCUGAUAUCAAUACAGGUUGAUUGAGGCAAAAACACAAUCUUAGUUUUUUCGAUUCAUUUUCAAAUCACGAUUGUUAAGCACAUCUGUCUAACUAGAUGGUAUAAAUGAGGAAUGCAUCAAAAUGAAAAUUCUUAGCCGAAACCAAAAACUGAAAGAAAUUAGUACGCCAAUUAUCAGAACCAUUGCAUUUACAGCUAUGACUGUGUACUAAACUCACUAAAACCAAGGCAUUGCAAAUAAAUGAAUCUAUGAAUUAAUGAAUCUAUGAAAUGAAUCUAUGAAUUAAAGUGAGAAGUUAAACCUUCCCCAGCGUCCAUUUGUGUACUCAGCUGCAACAUCCGCCACAAAUGGAGUGGGUGUGCUCGGAGGGAUUUUCCUUUUCUGUGCCGCAUUCCUCUGGUAUACAGAAUGACGAUUGGGAUGUUUGGAUUUCAGGUGAUAAGUUAAACCUGACGCAGGGAAACUCUUUGCAGAUACAUCCCAUUUUGAAAUGUUAGCAUUACACGCUAUGCUAUCAACAUCCAUUUUGGCUGAAAAAUUUCAGUGGCUGGAUUUUGGGUGCAUCCUCAAUGUUUUAGAUAAUCAUAUGUGCUAUCAGGCUUAGUUUUGGUGAUAACACCCACUGAAUUAAAGUACAGAUUUCACUUGGUAAAAUAUUUAAAAACUGUGUUGUAACAAUUUAAGGGUUUGAGCUCUUUUACUGCUGACAUUUUAUCACAGACCGCAGAUCUAACCAAGUCUUUCCAAACUUUUAUAUAACCUCCUUCACAACAUCAAGACUUGAGCUUGUGUUUUAUUAUGAUUAAGACGUCCCUCACUUUUUUAGUCCAGUAGACGUUAACUCAUUAGCGCUCUCUCCUCUCUCUCUAGCUGUGCUCAUUCUGUUCCUUUCUGGCUUUUCAGACACACACAGAUAGACUCACCUGCCUCCUCAUGCUCCUCUCCCCGCUCUCAUCUCUCCACCUGUAGCUUGUACCGCUACUUUAACACACAGUCCCUCAUCUUGCUGCUGGUUACCCCGUCAGCUCUGGUUCUGAGCUCUCCUCUGGAAUAAACUUUGUCGAACAUUUCGCUCCUCAGGCCAGAGCAGCUUGUAACAGCAGUAAAAUGCAAAGCAGGAGCUACAGGGAAUGGUGCCAUUUUCCUAGAGCCUCAGGGUUCACCGUGCAAUUCACCAAGAGGUGAAGCUGCACUUACUCUGACAUGAGCUCACUCUUGCAAAAUAUUACCACACAAACAGGCCGGACACAUACAUGUGACUGGUUUUGACACGUCACCCUCCCAUAAGACAUUUUCCACACCAAUCACAACCCCUUAGCAGCAGCAGCAGCAGCAGCAGCAUACAGUAUGAAGAUGUUAUUCAAGUGAUGGAGCUCUCCCCUCCUCUCAGCCUGUAGUGGCUCCUGUAAUGAACCGCAGCACUAACAGCUCUUGUGAUUUGAUUUAGGCUCUACAGUGGGAAAGCAAAUAGAAAGAGCUGCCAGAGGAAUUCAGCAGGUUUACCCAAGUCAAAUGAAACCUUAAGGCUAUGAUUCACUGGCUGCAGAAGUACAUUUAUUCUCCUAAAGGGUUCAAACUGCAUUUGAUUUUUAACUUGAAUUUACAUAACUCUGGAGAUAUUUUGAUAUGUAUAUUAAUAAGAUGUUCUUACUCAAGCACUUAAGCUCGGGGGUCUGUUUUGGGAAUAAAGUGGUAGGAUUUGAUUGAUGCUCUCAUUUUUCGGUUGCAACUUUCACUUUUUCUAGUAUCUGUAGUAGUUGUAACUUAUCAACUAUGUAUAUUUGUGAGCUUAACUUUAUUGGACAGCUUAAUACAGACGCAGAAGAGCUGAGAAAAGACCCCCAAGCUCUUUUAUACUACUCUGACAGUUGGAGACCUUGGGGUGUUCAGGUACUGCUGAUGCGUUGUUGACUUUUCCAAAUAGAAAAGUUACAUCAAACUUUAGCAAAAUCUACCGAACUUUCAUUUUUUUUUCUUUUUAACCAUUUCCUUUUUUCCUUGUCUUUCUUUAGGUGUUGUGUGAAUUAUAAAAUCAGGAUCAGGAAUUAGUUUUCAUAAGGUUUUAUGGAGAUCUCUAUGUGGGUCAUUGUGGCAUAACCAUCCCAAAGUACAAUAGGCUAGGGCUGGACGAUUAUGGCAAAAAUAAUGAUCACCAUUAUUUUGACUGAUAUUGAAAUCACGAUUAAUUAACACAAUUAUUUAUUGAUUUCAAAACAUGAGUGUUUUUUGAACCACCAAAACUUAACUUUAAAUACAACUUAAAAGAAUAGACAGAAAUACAUUUGUGACAAACAUUUCUUUUUUUGCUCAACCUCCGUCAAAUUGAAGCCAAAAUAUUUCCAGAUAACUGAAGUCGUCCUACCUCUUUUCUCAGCCAAAGGCUGCCUUUCUGCCAUGUUUUCAACCGCUUGCUCCUCAUAUUAUUGAUCCACACACGUCACAUGCUUGCUGCAGCUGCAUGUAACAGGGGUGCAUUCAAGGUGUUUUUCCAGGCACAUUAUCGAUUUUCUUAGAUUAAAAUGUUUUUAUGAUCGUGAGAAGCCAAAAUCGAAAUUAUGAUUAAAUCCGAUUAAUUGUUCAACACUACAAUAGGCUGACAAUCAUUGGAAAUGGUAGUUAAAUACACUUUUUUAAAUUACUCAAAGUAUACCAGCCCUAAUAAUCAGACAAGGCAACACCCAGUCUAACCCUGGUUUUAACUACCACCCUGUCUAACAAAGGUUAAAACAUUGUGUUAUAAAAAUUCUUUUCAGCUAUUUGGAGUUCAUAGAUCUAAAUCACAGGGCCUCUUCACCAAGUAGUCUGAAUUGUCAAAUCCAGCAUCCUACAUCUCAUAGGUUUAUUAAAAUUCAAUCUUUUGUCUAUCCGCAAAGCAUAGAAAUUUAACAUCUUUCCAUAAGAGAUUUGAUUGAAUUGCUGAUUAUUUCUUGCUUUAUGAGUUUAAUGUUUCCCUAUCUGAGGUGGUUUGAAUUGCUGCAGCGUGGAUGCUCACAAUACAAAAUAAAAGAUGCAUUUGCACGCUGCGUAGAUAUCAGAAGAGCAAAUCCUUUAACUGGACGCUCUCGCACUGACACCCUCAGUUUACUUAAACAUAGCAGCCACUCUCAGGGCAUUAGCAUUGUUUUAAUAUGUGUUAUGGAUGUGAUGGCAGGUCAUGGAGUUUCUCACGCGUUAUAAUGCCUUGACAUUUGUUUCCCUGCUAGUCUGAAACAGCCAGUCUCCAAGAUUGUCGUCAGCUGUAAUGAUCGCUCCAGGGCAAAUAAUUCACCGAGUUUCUGCUCAGACUAGCUCACGCUGGCAUCAUAACAGUGCAUACAGAGUUUCUAUUAAGAUUUCUGACAUAUUCGUAGCGUUUUAAUCACCCUGAGUAACCUUUACUUGGAGUUACAGCUCCUAAGUAAACACUUCCUUGGCCUGAGGCGAGGGUCUGAGCCAAUCGACUCAUUUGUUCUGUUCUGGAAGUGAUUGCUGCCGAGUGGAGACUGCUUUAAUUUGAUUGAAGUGUGGUUCACCAAGCGGUGGAUUUGGUUGUAAUUACUCUUUGUGCUCACCGUGAUAAGGAAAUUAAUCAAGCCAUUAUGUUGCUCCCAUUUUAUCAUCAGGACACAAUAAUUGAAUAAACCAACCUCACUUGUCUUCAAAGUCACUCUGGCUCGCAGUGAACUCAGCCGCAGGAAGGGGAGAGGGCUCACUGUUGCUGAUUAGCUGAUAGAUAGUGAGGCAAGGACGUUCACCUCAGACCGAGUCAUUGUGAUUGAAAUAAUCAAGUCCGAAUUUAAUUACAAACCCACAUUAUUAACUAUCCAUUUGAGCUAUUUGUUUACAACAAAUAACAUUGACUUCUGGGAUUGUAGAUGCUGCUGUCAGUUAAGUCCCUCAUGCACACAUUGAAGUGCUUCAAAGUAAACCGAGAGACUCCUUGAUUACAUUUUUAUGAUGUAAGUGUUUAUAGCAACUGUAGGUAACUUUAAUUUGUUGUGACCUCUGUUGACAAAAAUGUCCAUCUUGUCAUUGCAGAGUCUGCCUUUCUAUAGAAAUGAAGAAUCCUCUGGCUAAUGAAAUCUUUUGUAGCUUAUACAGAGAACUCAAUAUUAGGGUCUGUGUCCGUUAAUGCUGUUUUUUUUUACAAUCUUCAUUUCUUUGUGCCUUUUAUAAGGGCUUACUGUCAGCAGGUUAUGGAAGGAGUGCUGUCUCAAAGCACUUCCCCUUCCUUUAGCAGUGACCAUUAAGUCUUUUGUUUUCUUUUACUUCAUACUUGCUUUCAUUUGAUACCAGAUCACAAAAGAAAACAAAGCAUAAACUGAAAACAAAGGAAAGCAAAAAUUAAAUACCAUCUAUUUUUUCUAUCUCUGUAGAUCAUAUGUUUUUCUGCUAGUUUCAUUAUGUAUAUUUCUAUAUGAUAUUUGAUCAGUAAGUCCUUCCUGGGCUCAGAAUAACAGUGUGCCCAUUGAUGUAUGAGGUGUCAAAUUUUGUCUUCAACAGCUGCAUUCAAAGCAAACUCAGUAUGUUUACAUGUUCAUAAAAUCAGUUUAUUGCAUUGGUUAGACAUUUAAAGUAUUCAAACAUGCUAGUCAAAGUGAAAUUAAAUUCAGAUUAAUGUGAUAGGGAAUUGACUCCCUACAAUUCUACCCCAAUGUUACCACAGCAGAGGUGGAUAUAACUCAGUCAAUAAACCAGUUCUCACCUGGUGCUAGUAUGCUGGGACAGGGCAGUAGCCCAGUUCAGUUGCAUACUUUAGUGGAAAGCAACAGUGCAUGUACUUCAAGACUGAAACAUUGCCACUGAACACACUUGAUGGCUUAUACAGACUGAUUUCUCUCCUAAAUCUGUUUUAUGAUCAACCUAGUGCAUUUUAGCAGUCCCACUUGUAACAAUGCAAAAAAACAACAACCACAGUUCAAGGUUUUGGAUAGUACUUGGAGUGGCAGACAGAUUUCAAGGGGGGCUCAUGCCACCUCUUGACACCAUUUCAGACAUACCCCUGAAUUUGAAAGCUAUGAAAGCUGGUCAGGUUGAAGCAAUUCUUUACAAAAUUUUACAAUUUAAAGCUCCUGUGAGAAGUUUUUGGAGGUUAGGACACAAUGACAACGGGGACUCUCAAAAGGUACCACUCUGUCAACAGGGGUCCCCAAAAUCAACACAAACCAAGAGUCCCUGAUGGGAGCUUUGAUUAGUAAAGAGGUAUUUGAUAGUUUUUCUACCAAGAAGUCUAAAUGUUGUGUUUUUUUUUUAUUAUUUGAAAUCAAAGGGGCUUGAAUAGUAAUAAAAAUACAAAAACAAAGAGUAAAAAAGUGGAAACCUCUCUGAUUAGAAAUGUAGAUAAUUUCAGGCACUUCAAAUGAGACAAAAGACUGGAAGUGCCGUUUGAAAGGAGUCACAAGCUUAAACAACUGGAAGACAUUAGUUUUUAUAUUCAACAAAAGCUUUUAAUCCUUAGAGAAGUUAUAACUGAAGAUUAAAUGUAGUGGAGUAAAAACCAAAUUAGCUUCUUUUCUAACAAGCAUAAAAUGGAUUUACUACUUUACUUCAUUUUUUAAGCUUUUCAGAACAAAUUGUAGAGAGGAUUCAUUUAAAGAUAAAAUCCUGAGCUUUGAAAUUGAAACAGAAAGCAGAAAACUUCACUCCCCUGUUUCAUUAUUCUGGCCUAAUGUACUGUCAAAGCUUAAUGCUGGAGUUGGAUGUUAGAUUUGGAGCAAACUGGCGAAGACGGGAAAUUGCCUGCAGCCAGUGAUACCUCCUAACUGGGGCUGUACAUCCAUUAAAUCUUUGAUGUUCACUUCUAUCAUUCCGCCUUCCCAUCAUGCAUUGUGAGGAAGAAGAGGCGGCCAAUUUGGGGCUGAUCUCAGCAGCUCAAAAGGAUUUGCAUCCAUCCUUGCAAUUUAUUCUGGCAGGAGGAACGUCACCAAAAAAAUCUAUUACCCAUCUGCGUGCUUUAAAGAGAAAAUCGCCUCUGCUGAGGAGAGAGUACAUGAGGUUAUUUCUUACCCAUAAGAAAAGAAACAACACUCGCACAUGAGCAGACUUUUUCUAAGGGGACAUGAUGAACCCCCAGAAUGCUUUUCUCUGGAACUCCAAUGGGAGAUAUCUUAAUUUCAUGGCAGCGUAAGUGUUCGGCAGUCAGAUAUAUGAUUAUACAGAGAAGAAAUACCAGCUCACUAAGAAGCUCAUUUGAGAUCAAGAGCGUUUUUAAAACUCCUGAAUGUCAUCUCAUGAAUGUCAAGUUUCAUCCUCAAGUUUUAAUGAGGACUUCAGUGAUCAAAUGGUUCCAUCUUCUGCCUGUGCUCUUAAUUGAUUGUGGCUGAUUGAUUGCAUGCCCGAGUUUGUGUGUUUAUUCAGCUAAAUGAGUGACUCCAGAUAUCCUAACAUUUAAUCAACACUUUCCUCUUUGCAUCAGAAAGUAUGCAGUAAUUCCAACUACAGUGACUGCCAGUACUUGGAGCGGGGUGCAAGAGGGGGUCACCGAGGAAAAUUUCUGCUGUCUUAUCUAGUAAAUAAAACUUUAAAAAGUAAACUCUGAAAAUGAAACAUGAAAACUGCCUACUGAAAGUCCUGCCAAUUGAUAAUAUAAGAAAAUAAUGCUUUCAACACGCCUUCAAACAGAUAGACUGUGCCACUGAAUGCCCUCCACGUGUGUAAAAGUGCCACUGAAUGCCCUGCACGUGUGUAAAAGUGGUCUCUGAAUGCUCUUCAAGUGAUAAGAAGGUAAAAGUUCUCUUUGAAUUCCUUACAAGUGGAUUAAACCUCAAACAGAACCCUCUCAAAACAGUACCAGUCCAAGGAAAUUACAUGUAAAAUCAUUGCAACUGGAUGUUUCACCAUUGAAAAUAAAACAAAAAGGGUCCUCCACAUGCCCUUCCAGUGGUUAAAAAGUCAAAGUGCCCACUGAAUGCCUGUCAAGUGGAUAAAUAUCUCAAAAUAUCCCCCUGAAUCCCCUUCCAGUGGAUAAACUUGAAGAAUAUCCCUCUGAAUCCUCUUAGUGGAUAUUAAGUCUCUGUGAUUGCCCUCUAGUGGCCAAAAGGUCAAAAGGCAUCCUCUGAAUGCCCUUCCAGUAGAUAUAAAGUCAGUGUCCUUUGAGUGCUUUGCAAGUGGAUACAAUUUCAAAAGUCCCCUUUAUUGCCUUAAUAGUAGAUGAAAUGUUAAAUAGUGCCCCGUGUUCAUAAGGAUACAGAGAAUGAGGUAUUUGAUGCUCAAAAUUUAUUGGGAGAUAAACCCCAGACCCUCUUUUAUUACUUGCUCAUUGUGUUUGAAUGAAAAGUUUAUUAAGCUUUACAUCAAACAGGCUACACUCAGACCUGUUAUGCAUCUGCUUACAGUCAGAAAACGCCAAGACAAGACAGAAAAGGGAAAAAGUUUAUAAAGUGGACUUUAAAGUGCAGAUCUGCCGGCCCUAAAACUGGUGCCCUUUUUCCCCCUGCCUCUCAAACAGCCUGAGCACACCUCUGGUGGCAGUUUUUCUUGUGAGGGACAUCUUGAAGCAACUUUCUGCGGGUGUAAUUGCCUGCUGGAGUCCUUUGGGUGAUGAUAAAGUUGUUCCAGAAACUUGGGUAAACACUCAGAGUAAAUUAAAGCAGAGUGCCUCAGGACCACCCUGUUUGGUUUUAAUUGUAGUAGUAGAUCAUCUCUUUCACCGGUAAUUAUCUCAACUACCAUCACUUGUAUAAUCAUGAUAAUCAAUUGUUGCUGGUGGCUCUGACGGGGAUAAUGAAAAGUUUAUUAGCUUCCUUGAACCUCAUGAGAAGCUGGGGAACUCUUAAAUCACCUGUGGAGCAGGAGGGAAAAUCUGACAGCAUCCUAGUUCUGCAGAGAUUCCUCCUGAGAGUCAUAGUCUCCAUGGUCAGCUGUGACAGCUUGGACCUGUAUAAGGUACAACUCAUUUGGACAUUGUAGAAGCCUUUAUUUUAAAUUUAAGGAUGUUUUCAUAAUUAGUUAAAGGGCAAUUCCACUCCACAAACUCAUGGGAUUGUAAAGAUCUGUGAUCAUUUUGACACCAAUAAAACAAAUUCCAGCUUAAAAGUUGCGAGAAUGGAUUUUGUUUUUUAAAGCUCCUUAAAUUCGAUUAAACAGACACAAAUCCAUGAGGAAAUCCUCAUUUGUGCACGCUCUUUGGCUUUAAAUUCUUCACCCCCUUGUUAAGACUUCUCAAAGUGACGUAUCGCCCAUUGAUCGGCUGAUGUUGUUUUCCUGUUGCGGCUCAGGGUUAGCAGCAUCGAUUCUUCCAUGUAUCUCUCCCACCUAAUUUGCCACAGUUUGUUUUUCACUUGAACCAUCAGGCACAAGUCCAGCACACAGCGGGACAGAGCACCUGUGAGGAUAGGCAUGGUAAUGAACACAAAACAAGGAGAGUUUGAUCAAUAUGGUUUUUGCGCUUUUUAAAAAAAAAUUCUGUUCCUGGAUGCAUGUCUGUGAAAUAAGACACCUGGAAAAUAUUGAAAAUGAAGCACAAGUUCCAUUCUAGCUGCCAAACAGGUUCCUCAAGUGAACAAAGGUAACAGAAAUACCAACAUGCUGUAAAAAUAAUGUUUUUUUUUCCAAUAUUUGUGUUUGUACCAAAUGUUGACAUUCAGUUGAAGAAAUAACAUUGCUCUAACAGAUGUCCCAGCCAGUUUGACUCUCCUUACUUCUCUCUGACUCCUUGUAGCAGCGGUGAGGGUCAUGUGAAACUAACAGACUGAAGGACAAGUUAACUGCUGGUUUAAAGAAGACGACAGGCAGAGGGAUAAUAUGAGGCAGAAGUGAAAAGUUAACCAGUGCUCCAGCCUCUCUAGGAAAACAAGAGGAAAAAGCUGUUCCUGCUCUUAAUGCUGAGAUUAGAGCAGAGGUGGAGGACGCUCUCCAGUCUGCAGAGACAGGGUUGAACUUACAUGAGAGGACUUUCAGAGUCUUACAUGUCCUUAUUUUCAGGAUUUGUGACUUAAAGGGAUAUUCCAGCGUAAACUUAAGUUAUGGUCAAACACACCUUGGAGAGAAAUUAAUGUUGCCAACUGCUUGCUUGUCGAGUUAUACCAACUUAAGUUAUACAGGGGUCUACGUGUCCACAUGCAAACCUCAACCAAAAACUCACUUGUAGCCACGGAAAAUUUCUGAUUAUUUCUUCAUGGAAAUACAAUCAAACCGAGACGCUAAGGCAGAAGAACUGCCGCGUCUGUAGUGCAUAAUGAUUAUUGUGCUACUGCCUUCAGAAGACUUUGCUAACGUUAAUUUAACUAGAGAAGCAAGCAGUCGGCAACAUUCAUCUCUCUGGGGGGUGUCUAACUUGGUGUCACGGUGUGUUUGACCAUGACUUAAAUCUACGUUGGAGUAUCCCUUUAAGGUUUGACGACUCAGGCUUUUACUUGGACUCAGAAGAUGAAGAAAGAAAAACUCAGAUGUAUUUAUUGAUAUGGCCUCUCCUGAAGUACUGUACAUUUGUGUAGGGGAGAUGGGGAGGGAGGGCACAAGCUUGAGUGCAAGUUAUCCAGACAAAAACAUGCAACUGUGAACUGUCUAAAGACCUGAAAAAAAUCAACAUUUUUCAGGACUGUCAAAAAAAAAAUCAUCCAAGAUGGGAAAUACUUGGUGCAAACAUUCACUCGCUGAUGACUCUGUGAAGUUACUGUGGGAAAACUAGAGUGAGGCUCUAGCAGGCUCUGUGAGAAGAGACGUAAGAGUAAGAGCCUUUUGUGUAUCUCUCAUUAAAAACCAUACAAGCAUAUUUCCCAAAACAUCUCUUCAUAAUCCUGUUUUUAUGGGUCACAAUAAAAGAAAUGUCUUCUUUGAUUUAGUAACACCUCCACUCAAAUUUGCAGUAACAGAGUUUUGAUUAUUCAGUGUGCACUCCAGGUCGAUGUAUGUAAAAUUAAAGAAAAUGAACCAAACUAAUUGGACCUUAGGAGAGCUGGUGAUUGUGCGCUGAUUUACUGCUGAGAGAGCGAAAACACUCCGGAGCUGGAGAGCAUUUAUCUGUUUGUGCUAAAAGGAAAAAAAUGAGAUCACUGCAAAGAAAAUGUACAAAUGCCCCGCCUUGAGUGUCUCUCAUCUCUAUCUUCUAAGAUCUCAUUCUGUCACAGCGGGGUUUAUAUCCACACACAGUUGGGAGAGAAAAAGCUUGCAUUCAAGUGUUGCAUGUUUUACUGUGUCCCUGCAGAUGCUCUUUCAGCUCUGCGCACACUUGAACACCUCAGAAGUCCUGCUGCAGCAAACCGUCAAACAACUAUCAACACUGGCUUUGAGUAAACAUGUAAUUUGAAGUAACUGAGCACAGAUGUAAACACGCCUCACACGCGAUAAUUGAAGCAGGUGAAAAAACAAUCUGUGUCAAUAGCUGGUUUGAGUUUUGGAGCUGUUGUAAUACCUGUCUGCAUGUUUGUGCGCACCUGUACCAUGUCAGCGGAUGUGUGAGCGAAACCUCCAGCAGAGCUCUGCUGUGGUGAAGAGCAGCUGGCAGAUUACAGAGCAGCUCCUGGCAGAUAUUGUAGCACUUUAUCUCCAUUUUACAUCGUAAAUGGGGUGUGGACGAUGAAACUGUACACAAACUACGAUGAUCCUCCUGUGGCUGUAGCAGCGGAUGAUGUUUUAUGAAUUUUUGAGCACAGAGCUGGAGGUGCACAAGACAGGCAGAUGGUUAGAUAGAAAAAAGAUGAAAAGAUUGAACAUGUUCUGCUUUUUUAUCGCUUUUGUUGCAGCACAAAAUAAACCCAUUGAUCUAACACAUUUGCAUUUGGGCACACAAGAAUAAACCUGCCCUGUGGCCCAGAACACGCGUUGAAAAUUCACCGCGUUGAGCAUAGAGAAAAGGCAUUUGAGACCCCAAUUACCAAGUAAAUUUUGAUUCCUUGAUCAAGCUGUUGCUCCCCCGAUGAAUUCUGGGGCCAAACAAAUGUCAGAAAAAUGAGGAAAAUAUAAAUCACUGGUCUCUGAUUGUACUAGAACAAAUUUUAAGAUUUCCUUUUUUGGACAAAACUAACACAACUUACAUUAUGUGAUUAAUAUUAUUGUCUACGUUGACCUGGUUAUAGGGUAAGUAGCUCGCCAAAAUAGCUACUGGUUAACUUCCCUUCACUGAUUUUCAGCUCUAAACUAAUGUGCAGCAUGAAGUAGGUGUUUUGUAUCAAUACAAGAUAAUAUAAGAAAUGGAAAUAAAUGCAGUCCACACAAAAUGUGCAUGAUCAUGUUGUAUUUUUUUAACAGAAUAUCCCCAAAGCCCAAGCAUCUUCAUUAUCAUUUAGAAAUGAAUCACUGAAAUUGAAAUUAUUGUGUGAUACAGGUUUUGUGUUUAAUCUGUAGCUCAUCCUUUCAACAUAAGCUGGGGCUGUAUCUCCUGUUAGGGGCCUCUAUUAUGCUGCAGUGCUCUAAUGCUGUACUACCCAGUAGGGCUGCACGAUUUGAGCCAAAAAUAAAGUCCUGAUUUUUUUUUCUCUAAAAAGUCAAUUUUCUAUUUUGAUUUAUUCAGUGACAGCUUCACCAAACUUCACUUUAAAGAUGAAAAGUUUUUCUAUCAUCCCUCAAAACAAAGCCACCGAAAAAGAUGUAGUGGCGCUGUAACGCUGCCGAGGAAAUGCACAAAAGACAGAAGAAGAGUACAGAGCAUACGUAUAAAGGUUGUUUUGGCUGGACACGCGCAGGCAUCAUAAAAGAGUUACGCUGUGUGUGACAUAAUCUUUUCAAGAGAUGCAGAUAUGUAUCCACGGGGAGAUGAAAUGGUAGUCGUUUACUGAUUUAUGCACUCUCAUACAUGUUUUCAAAAAGUAACGUUUAUAGUCAUCCAAAACGCCGAUACAACAAAAAACUUGUGCGUUUACUCCUGAAUUUGUUUCCGUGUGGACAGGUUGAUACUGCCUUCAGAAGACUUUGCAGCGGGGAGUAGUUUGCUCUAUGUCCGAAACCGCGAAGCUGUACCAAAUCCACACGACUGACUUGUUCUUGCCCCUUUUAGCCACGAAAUUAUCGCCUUCUUUUGCAAACGCCAUGUUUGUUUACACUGGUGUGAGUGGGAACUGGAGAGGACUCUUGCAGGAAGGGGGAGCCUAUGGUGGCCUGGAGGCGCAAGACAUGAUAGAGAGGAAAAUUGAUAUGACAAUUUUACUUUAACAUCAUCACAAUUAAACAAUCAGAUUACAAUUUAAAAUCAAUUAAUCGUGCAGCCUUACUACCUAGAUGUAAAGAUGCACUGAUAACAGAUGACAUCAUGUUUUGUGCUGCAGUUUGGCAGAACUUUGAUCUGUACAAGUAGAGUUUGUGGGCUGUGUUGUGUGUGCCAAACAACUACUCUACUGGAGCAAUGUGCAACCAGACAGAAGGCCAGUCCUUCAAUUUGUUUAUUUGUAGAUUUUAAAGUAUUAUUUUAUUUGUAGACAAUCACAGAUCAUUUGUGAUCAUGUUAAAUAUGCUCUAAUCCAAAAGUCUUAAACGUCAUUCAGGAAGCAGAAUGUUGUUUCGAAGCUUUUGGUGCCCAAACUAUCAACCCUGACCUCCCUGUGACUUGUGCUUUUUAAAAAAAAGUGUCCCACUUUCUGCUUUGGAAAAAAUCAUUGUCUGUUAAAUUAAUCCCGGCAGCCAUCACCAUGUGAAAUCUAGUUGGCAAAUUAGCACCAUAGAGGAUGUAUUUCUGCAGGAGAGAGUUCUGGCACGCUCACAAUGUGCUCUGUCUGCACCCCGUCUCUUUGUCCAAACUUAGAAACAAGGCAGUGAGAUUUACAUCCUCACCCUCUUUAAAAGAAAAGUGCAGUCUCUCUGUUUCUCUCUGUUUGUUAUGUGUUGUUUUGUGCGCCAUCUGUCAGUAUUUGUUACCCAUCCACGUGACGGUGAACAGCAGUGGCGUAUGACAGAGUCUAGAAGAGUGAGACGCUCCCACUGUGACAGAGGGAGAAACAGGAGCCAGUCACAGCACGGUCACCCCUAACAUGACGGAAAUCAUCAUCACCAUGAUCGGCAAACAUGCGCAGACCGAUAUGUAAGAGAGAAACAAGUGAAGGAGGGAGAUCUGUCUCUGUCAUGUUCCCACCCACCAACAAUGGUUUCAGUGAUCACUUCUUCCCAGCAUGCAAUAUUCCAGCAGGGAUUGCAGUGAAGCUGAUCCCGGCCCAUGACUCCAUUUUACCUGCGUUACGGUAAACAAAUCCAGUCAGGAUUUCGGAGGAUUAGUGUCCACAUAAUUCUCUGUCAUGAAGUACUUUAACUUAAUCCGCUCAGUAUUUGCAUUCAUUUCAAGCUCCUUUUUUUAAAGCAGUUUGGUGCUUUGGAUUGUCCCUUUAAAUACCUUCAAUCACUUCCUGGUUAUGAAUUAGGACUGAAAGGGGAUUUCUCUGUGUGAGAGAGUGGAGGUAUAUGUGUGUGUGUGUGUGAGAGAGAGUAAAAGAGAGAGAGCGAGGGGGAGAACGAGUGAAUGGUGUUGCUUGACAGAUACAAACAGCCUGCUAUAAAUCCGGGUGCUUAUAGCUCGGAAAGUUUGGGACAUAAAUUGCAGGGCCAGAUCGAGGGAAUGUGCAUCAGUGAUGGCAAAUCGAUUUCAUUUAGAAGUCAUCAAGCGCAGCUCUGAGAGUGACAGAAAAUAACAAAGAGGCAGAGAGGGGGGCUGGGAAAAGAAGCUUUGGGCCACUUACUACUCUGGCUUUAUUCAGAGUCUCAGUUUCCGCCUUUUUGCUCUUCUGUGGCACGCUUAUAUUCGCUACUGUCCUGAUCUUCUCUAUGAUGUAUGAGCAGAGCAGCUCAGCAGCCAGAGACCUCAUCUUACAACUGAGGUCUACUUUAUAGCUAAGAAUUGAAAAAGGCAUGGUUGAAUCCUCCAUUUAUUUUGUUUGGAGCAGAAACUACCAGAAUUCUUGGUUGUAUUUUGGCUUCCUUUUUUUAACUAAAUGAAACUGAAUUCAGUUCAUUUAAAGUUUCUGGGAUCUGGCUCUAUAGAUGCCACAUGAACCAUCUUUUGCUCCCCUGUGUGGUAGCCUCACUCAGCCUAAUGUAGUGUUGGUUAUUGGGAAGUGCUGACAAAUCUACAGCCUUUGCCUUAUUGUUGCCACCUCCUUUCACAAAAUACUUAAAUUGAGAAGUCUUUAAUCAAAUCAGCACACUGCAAAGUUUAUUAACAAAAUCACAUACCUCUGUGAUCUAAUGAGGGAGGAAAGCUCUUUAAAAGUGACAUAUUCCUCAUGCUUUAAGCAUUAAAUAGUCACCGACUUCAGUAUCUUCUAAUACAUGAAUAUACCCUUUUGCAUUAUCUGUCACAUCAGUGUAAAGGAUGCAGCUCAUUGUACUUCAAUUCUGUUUGAUUGCAAAGAAGUCGUAUCCAAGUCCCCUAGUAGAUUUUUCAUUUAAAAAACAAAUUAAAAGUGGAAUCAAAGGAUACGUAUAUCAAACAGACCUACGGAACAUUCAUUAUAUAUGACCAUAUAUAGAUAAAGCAUUGAGAUUGGUAUAAGUCUAAAUGCUAAUGCAGGAUACAGCAGGGCUGAGGGAAAUAAACUACUUGAAGCAUACUGUGGAAAAGCAGCAGGAUGCAUCUCUUAUUUUUGAUGCAUGCAGAUUGAAGAUGGACCGGAUUCCUUAAAGCUCGCUGGGAUUAGUCCAGAGGACAUUUUCACCAGACGGUCACACCAGUCAGUUUAAUGAUAAACUUAUGAAUAGUUGCUGCGGGACGUGGUGGACAGCUAACAGCUUUGAAUUCAUCUUUGUUAGGCUCACUUUCACCGGUAUAUGUAUGCAAGGGAUGCAGAAUGAGCGCACAAGCAGAGGUUCUUAAACCAGCAGCCUCCGUGAUCAGAGUAAUCAUCCUUUCUCUGACGUUUUUACCUCCCCUCUCACCUCUCAAACACUGGGUCAUGUUGGAGCACUCAGGCUGCUGUUUGACAUUAUUAGUUCCCUGCUCGGGGCCGCUGCCUCUUAUGCAGAGCGGCAGAGGAAAGUAAAGGUGAGGAAGAUGGGAAGCGACGGCUCCUGCCUGCUCGUCACCGGAGGGGGGAGAAGAGGAGGUGGCGUUGACGGCCUAAUCUCUGUCUCUGAUUAUCUUCUCAUUACGAUCAGACGGGAGCCACUCGAGGAAGAGGAGAAUGUGUAAUUAUGCUCAAAUCUCCCAUGACUAAAACAGAGGAUAAUAAGCAGGGCUGGAACUGUGUGCUCACAUCUAAUCAUUCAGUUUAUUUAGUCAUUGGUUCUGCUGGAACAUUUAACCGUGGAUUAGGAUGUUUUGGAGGUGGGAUUAGCAAACACCUGACUUAAAACGCCUUUGUAUGGAAGUCAAAAAUAAUUCACCUCUUUUUCAAACUGCAGCAACUAUUUAAAAAACGAGGAUGAGCAUUUAAUUUUAGUGGUUUUGCUUUCCGCCUGCGUUAGUUUAUGUUGAAAAGUAAGAAUUUAUAGGCUCUGGGUGUGCAGAAAUAGGAAAUAAUGCAUUUCUUUUUAUGAACAUGCAUCUUUCACGACUGCAUCUGCAAAGCACAAGAUAGAAAACACCAUUUCCCCAAAUGUCAGGGCAACUGGAGCAUGUAAAUAACUACAUUUCAAUUGACACCUCGAUUUGAAUGGUAAAUGGCUGACCUCCAAUUUUUUUCCCCAGAAUGGCUGGGAGGGAGAAAUGGAGGGGAAUAAAACACAUAUCCAGCAGACCAGAGGGAACACAGCUAACCAAGCAUGCUAAAUCCUCCUCUCUAUUGUAUGAUGGAAGCGCCAACUGUGUGGACAGCUCCAAAAAUCACCACAAAAUUCUCCUGUGGGGAACAAAAAUGAAAUUAUUUUCUUUUUCUCUCUGCAGCUCAGAGACGACAGCCUGCCAGCCGCUCAAGACUGAUGAGAAGAAAGCGGCGGACUCCCGGGUGGACACCGCUGACAGAAACGGCUGCAUCAAAGUGAAAGGACGCAAACACCACAGCCAUCGCAGGGCCAGGAGGUGAGCUCGUCUUUGUAUUUGCACUUGAGAAACAUCAAAAAAGUCUCUCUGAUCUCAGAGAAAGAGAGAAGCUGGGAAAUCAGAUGCUUUAAAGUUGUUAAAUUUCUAAAGAUAAGUGUUUUUAUUUGUUUCCGGGGUUUUGUAUUGUAGGUUUGAGCGCUGCUGAUAAAGCCUUUUCAAAGUACAACAAAACUCCUUCAGGGUUUUCCUCUCAGUGAGAAAACAGAGCUAAUCUCCAUGUUCUGUUUGGUUGAAUGUAAACAGUCUUAUCAGGUCGGCCCCAGUGGAGAAACACAAACAUGUUGUGAGGAAUUCCACACGCUGUCAUUCAGGCGCUCUCUGUUCACCAACACCUACAACCAAAAGUCUGAUAGAAUUCUCCGGCUCCUUAUUUCGAGGUGGGAGAAAUCAGUUCAGGUGUAUAUAUUUAUAUUUUUUUCCCACAGAAACCUUUUAAUUAAUCCGACACCUUCAAAGCCUUUUUCACAGCUUCACAGCAGGGAGGCAGUGGGUGAUAUGUAGAACAUGACCGCAGCCACAUCUGAGCUGUUACAGAGGAUCAUAAACAUGAAUCGCUUCUCUGUGGAUGAACUUCACCCAGCGGCUGCUUCUCUUUGUUUCCGAGCUGAACACUGAGUGGAGAGGAGACGCAGUCGUGUGCGGCUCUGAUUAUCAUUUUCUCUGGUUUGUGAAUGCCAACGACAUCUGAAAGGAAAAGAGCAGGGAAGAAGAUUUAGAGUGUUUUUCAUCCUUGAAACUGAGUGUUUUUUUUCUUCCUGUGAGUUGAAAUUACAGAAGAGCACUUCACUGAUCAGUACCUCUAAAAGGCAGUGAGACAUAAGAAGUUAGAGGAAUCACAGGACUUGGAUAGGAUCAACACACCACACUCUUUUAAGGCCCGGUUGCUUGUACUGUGCCAAAGUAUGAUUGUCCCCCCUCCCUAGUCCCUGAACUCACACUGCUCCAGACUCAAACAGACCUGAGGACCACAACGUAUAUCACAAAGAGACACACCCAUGAGCAUGAUCUUCAUGAUUAAAUUAGAAAAAUUAAAUCGAGCCCCCCAGGAAACCUAAAGAAGCCAUUGAUGCCAUCUCUGUUGCUAGCUCUUAACCAAUCUCUUUCAUCAGACUAAGUUCUGCCUGUUGCCCCUCUGCCAGUGCCUCAGUACCAGUUGCAAGGUCCUCAGCUAGAAGCCACUGAAAUUUUACCCCUUUGAUCCCAGAACGCCCCCUCAUGGUGGGGCAUUGGUCAGGUACAUCUCCUUACCACCUCCUGAAGCUAGAUUGAGAUGGUCAGGUUAUCAGCUGUGUGUCCUCUUGGUUGCCCCAGUUUUUGUCUUUAUUCCCCAGUCAGAGCCAGAAACUUCCCUUUCCUGGUUCUUUAGCCAGAUCUUGGAUGACCCUUUGGGCCUUUGCUGAUACAAAUCCAACAUCUUUCAGAAAGCGGCUCAUUGACAGGCCCACAAAACCGGGAGAGCCGACUUCCAGUGGAUAGGUUGUUGCUUUCCAGCCUCUUUCUUGGCAUUUGACCGCAGCAUCUUCUUUUCAUUCGCCUCUUUGGUACCCUUUACCGGUGGAGCAGAUAGCUUAGCUAGAACAGCUGCUGACCACAGGACAGUAUCAGGUCUCAGUGUGGUGGUGGUGAGCUCCAUAGGAGAUCCAAGCUGCUUGCACCAGGUCAAGCUGCCACCUGUAACACCCCUUGGGCCAAGGCCUAACAGAAUGUGGCAGAGAUCCACUUGGGACCUUUUGUGUAGGCCAUAGGUUUCCCCUGAGCCAUACCAUCGGGCUGGGUUAGUUGGGAAAGGUGUUACAUGCAGCCCUAAUUGGAAAGCUUAGCAUUGCCUGGAGAUCUUCCUCAGCUUGUUCCAUCCCAUUCUCUUUGGGAGACUGCUUGCAUGCUUGACUCCUCAGGUCCUCUAAACAAGGUGUGCUAGCUGAUUCUUGCACUAGACUAAAAACACAAAGGGACUGUGAUUGCUGUUCUGGGUUCUAGGCUGAGAGACAGUCCUCUCUCGGGGUCAGAUCAGUCUUGUAACCCUGCCUUGGCAUACUUUUGUGCAACUUCGACCUCUAAUGAACCUCCAUCUGUUGUCCCUCUGGCCUUGUAGAGGUGAUCACCCAAAGAAACUAUAAUGUGGAGAGGACAGCUGGUGAGAAGUUGAGGUUCGCCAAAACAUUUGGUCACGCCAAGGGGUUGAAUUUAGAGGUGAUGGUACUGCGUGCCACAGUGUACCAGCUCUCUACAAGCACUGCACUCAACAAUAAUACAACAAUGUUUAGAUGAUCAUACAGUAGUCCUCUUUCCUUUUCAGCCGUUGUUUGUUUUUAAGUCUGUAAAAGCUCUUGAUUCUCAGAACUGUCAAGUUUUCACAAGAAUUACGAUACCUGUUUGCUCACACGUCAGUGAACUAUGGCAAAAAGUAAUUGAACAAGAAAGGUGUCCAUGUACAGAUAAGUCAUUAUUUGUAAAGUUCAGGUGAAGAAAUAAUGCCUGAAACUGCUGUAUGUUAAAAUUGACCAAAAACUCUGUGAUUUGUAAAAUGUGUACUGAUGCCAAAAUAACAAACAAUGCCUAAAAAAGGGUUCCUUUGCUGCAGGUUCAAACACAAAUACACAGAAGAAUCCAGAUCUCUGGUUUUCCAGUGUUCCCAGAAAAGAAUUGCUGAUUCAUGCUGGUGGCACAGGGAGAAACAUAUCAAGUUUACCCAAAUACCCCUCACUGCCAAGCUGAGACAAAACUAGGGGGAUAAUAACAAAUUGUGUUUUUUUUGGCUGAAAAUGACGAUAAGAGAUGAAACAACCAAAACUGCAAGUCAUGAAGACAGCAACGGCGUCUCUAAGGGCAAAAUAACAAUAACGUUAAGCAGGAAAUCAAAGCUGCGUCGAUCUGCAGAAUCAAACAGGAAAAUUCAAAGGAGCUCCCAAACCGAACAUGAAACAGGAGAAAAGGUGCAGCCAGAAACAAAAUAAAUCGGUCAAUCUUCAAUUCAACAAGUCAACAAAGAGGCUGAAGGUGAAGCAGAGCUGUGCUGAGGUGCUACCAAAUACAAAACUGAAUUGCUGCAAACUUAACAGCUUCAGCAAGAGCAAAACCAGUUUAUUUCAGAGGCCAAGACGAGUUUGGAUUGGAAGACCACAGGAGCAGAGCAGGAAGUAAAUUGAUCACACUUGAGCAGGAAGCAAAGUAAACAUUCACCUUGAAGUAAGUUAACACAGGUGUAGUUUGGUUCAUAGCUUUUCCUAGAGGAGAUUUCUCCGGUCCCUCUUCUAACCAUUGACUUUUGAAGUGGAUUAAAUUUCUUUUUUGUCGUUGUUUAGUACUUCUUCAGUCUUGACUGGGUAAUCGUUUAUGAUUUGGACCACAGCUUCCCAGACUGUUCGAACCUCAAAGUCUCCUCAAAGCUUUGCGAUUGAUAUUAAUGUAACAUGAAUACAAGAGGAGAUGAACUCCAAUAUCCUUGUGAUAAAUCACUUCAAAUAGGACGCCUCUAAAUCACUAUGUUUCCUGUGUCUUUAAGGAUGUAACCUUGUACCUCUGGAACUGCUAGUGUAGAGAAUUAUCAGCACAUUGAAACUGUUUGUCAACCCUGAUCAGAAGGUCACCUGGCAGGGCGACAGACAGCAGCUACAUCACGCUGUGAUCGAGCUUCACAGACGCAUCACAGACACCAACAAUCUCCUGCUGUAAGCUAAUAUUUACAAGCAUGAAUAAAUAAGGAAUCCAAAGUGACCAAGAAGGGAAGAAAUUCAUGAGAAACUGUUUUUGUUUACUAAUUUCCAUUUAGUAAAAAUUGGCUAAUGAGGCUGGUUCUUUGACACAUUUUCAAAGCGCUGUAAGUGGCUGCCUGAGAAAGUCCCCUCUGUCGAGAGAAGGAGUUUUUUCUUUGGAUUGUUAUCUUGCUAAUUGGCUGGCAGCAGCCCAGUUUAGCAGAGCAUCCAAUGUUGAUCAUAACAUGAAACCACAAGCUACUGCUUUCUAGAAACUGUAUGUUCGCUGCAGGGAUUUUUUAAAGGAGCAGUAAACAAAGCAUUUCAGAUGAAUCUGAAUCAGUGGAAACAUUGAAUAACCUAAAACCCCACAAAAAGCCUGACACUCCCUGCUGUUCUUUGAAUAACAAAUAAUGUCACAUGUUUGCGUUAAUGGUUUUCUUGCAUGUCAGAAGAAAAAGCAACACCAUCCAAAGGAAAAGGGGGCUGCAUUCAGCACUGAGCGUAUUCUCAUCAAAUGUCCCCAAAUCCCUUUUCCAUACACUAUUGUUUCGCACAAUCACCAUCCCAAUGUAGCCGGCAAUUGACUUGCUCUCUCAUUCUGCCUUUCAUUCUCUCCACCUCAUCAAGAGAGAGCGUUUCUGCUGGCAAGAAAAAAAAUGCAAAUGCUUGCCUUGUGCUCCCUCCUUCCAGGGCCAGAAUGGUGGAGGUGUUAAUGAGUGACAAAGCGCUCUCAUUACCAGGAGAGGGUACUUGGGCUGGGUCUGUCUAAUCAGCCCUAAUGCAUUUCAGUUCCUAAUGCUCCCAAACUGCCGACUUCACCAAGCAGGGUCAUUUAUUACAGCCAGACAGUCCUCUGCAUCCAAUGAAACAGGCACACUGUCUCUGGAGCUCUGUGCUCGCAUACAUCAAGGAGGAGUGCGGUUUGUCAGUGUUUGCAUUAUUUCUGAUUGUGCUAGUCUGUUAGCGCGAGCAGUUAUUUGUGUAACAUAAGUCUGUAAUAUUAUCAAGUUGAGUUCGGGUCAACAAUUAACCUUAAACAAGCAUUAAACAAGCCUUAAAUGUGCAGUAGUUAUUACUCACAGAGAUUUACAUUCAUUCUGUCCAGGACCAAUACUAGCCUCAUUUUGUGUGAUGGAAAUACUUAAUCUUGAUGUUAAUAACAGAAUCAAUCAUCGGUACAUGAAAGCCUGCAUGUGGUGCAAAAGCAAAUGAGCUUUCUGAUGGCACAGUGAAGUGCUGAGUAGAGCAUACACACACACACAGAUGAGGGUUUGGAUCGAAGUGUCUUAAAAUAAGUGAAACUAUGAGGCAGACUUGACCCGGUCUGCUGUAAGCUGUGGUGUAUUUCACGCCCUGUUUCUGCAGUUUCUCUGUCAGGGCCCAGUUGAACGUCAUCCAUUGGUGCUACUACACCUACUAGUAUCAUGUAGUUCACACAAACUGACUCUAAAACUACUGAAAUAUCCUUUUAGGUUGGAUCAAGUGUGUUUUUUAUUACCCAGAGAGGAGGUGAUCAAAAUUUGAAUAUUUCUUUGUCCACCUAAGAAGAAGAUGAUUACUGGCAUGAGUAUUCAUAAAUAAAACUGAAAUUUCAGGAUAAUAGUUUAGAGUUAACAUUCUCAUUAUAAGCCAUUUAUCUAUUAGACCGGUUUAUAUAAAUCAUGACAGAAAAAUCUGUUUUUUUAUGACUAAGAUGCAGAAAAAAAUAAGGGAUGCAUGCUUCUCAUCCCAAGUCUUUUAGUUAGAUCCAUAAUACAUAAAUGCAAAAUCACGCAUUAUGUUUCCAUCCUGCAUAUUUUAAAGCUAACUUUACAUCAGAGAGUCUGAAAGUUGUAAAAUAUUACUGGUUUUGUCUGAUUAAUCGGCUUGAAUGAUAAAUCAAUUAUUGCAGCAGUAUCAGAUGAAUUUUACAGGGUUUAUUAUUCUUCAGACAACUCAGCAGUAAUGUCUUAAAGGAACGCUUCAAACAAGAAGGAUCUUUGUGAUUUUUUUACUCAUGAGCAUUAAUUUGAAGAUGAAUUAUUCCUCAAUCCUUGCGGGAAUUUGUGGAGAAGUUUCAAACCUUAAUCUUCCCUCUCUUGAAACGCCUUGAUGGCGAAUGAGCUCAAUCAAGAUGAGGAACCCCAGAGCUUUGACGGAGGACUGGAGUCAACAUUAAAGGAGGUUUGCUUGACAUUUUACAAACGACACACCGCUUUGAUGGCUGUAAUAAGUCCACAGAUCUGAUGUGUGAAUUGGCACAGAUUGGACAAAUACACUAUUUAUGUAAACAGCUUUGUUUGCUUAGUUACAGAGCAGAGAAUGUGCAUAUGUGUACCCGCAUAUUUCUCGUAUAUGUUGUUCUAUAUUUGUUGUUUAGAUUUUAUUGGCAUGUUUGUGCAUUAACAGUAGUGCCCUACAUCCCCAUGCCCGCCCCCUCCUCUCCUUUAUUUACAGCUCUUAUCGUUAAUGAUGUAAACCCCCAUCACUCCAGUAUGUAACUCAGUUUUAUUCUAACGUUUCAACAUCAGACGCUUGGUCCAGUUUUCUAAAUUAAGAUUUUUUUUUAAUCCACUUGAUCAAACCUCAGGUAAAGCUGCCAGUCAGUCUGAGUUUAAAAGCAUCUUCUUUUCCAUCUCUCCUUCACUUGUUAUCAUCCCACAUACUAGCUCACAUCCUCCUUGUUGCCUCUUGUAAUUUUCAGUCAGUCGGCACUUGAAAGGCUCAUUCACUGAGCCUGUGGCACUUCAAAGGGCUUCAUCUCCUUUUUCACAUCACUCAUUUUCAGAGAGCAAAUGAAGUGGACCUCUGGACAGCAAUCAGGCCCGUCAGCUGAUGGGAUCCAACAAGUUUCUUUUUGUUAGAAUGAGGGAUUUAAGUUUUGAAGGACCAGUGUCUAAGAUGUGGGGAGAUUUCCAGGCAAAGAUAUUCACAAAUUUAAUUUUUGUUCUUGUAUAAUAACUAAAAUUGAGUUUUUGUGUUAUCUUUACCGUAGCAUACACUAGCUCAGUGUUUCUCAAAGUGUGGGGUGCACCAAACAAGAGGACAUUUUCAAUUUCAUGCCUAUCUUCUUAAAUGCCUUUUUUUUUAUUGACAAUAAAGAUCAUUUACUGUAAACAAAACACUCUCACACACACAAAAUGAGAGUAAAUAGCUGACAUGUAGCUGAAAUAAAUAAAAAAAUCUAUUAAAGCUAUAGUGCAUAAUUUCUAUCACCCCUGUGAGGAUUUCUGCGUUAUUACAACAAUACGGCCAGCAACUCAAUAUGACAUACAUGGAUUAACACUUUCGACUCACCGCAUUCCGCUUGUCAUGCUGAAUAGAGAAACAAUCAGGACUAACCGCAUACUGCUCGUCAGGGUACACCGACUGUUACUGUCUACACAAUGUGUGGGCUACUAAAGUUACUCGUCACAGCACACAAACUCCCUGCGGUAAGUUACACACAGCAACACGGGUUACACACCUUGUAACUUACUGCCCGUUAGGCUAACGUUACAUAAUGUAGCAAACAUCAGGCUGCUAACAAUACAUUACAUUCAUAGCACCGUUUCCAAAAAAUAAUAAAGUACUCCAUCCAGUACAUGCAACAGCAACACAUCCUGCUGGUAAUGAACAGAGUCACUUACUUAUCCAUCAUUAUCAAGGCAACAUCAGUGUCUGACCUCAGUCCAAUGUCCUCCUUUAGGGCUCUCCAUCAAGGAAAAGCGACACUAAUGUAAAUCUGCAUUAGUCUUCUCCGUUUGUCUCUUCCUUUUUCCACCAACAGACCUUUUACUGAAUGAGAAGGCGUUUUCUUUAGGAGGAUCCACUUCUGAACAUCUUAGUCAUUUCUUCUGGUUCUCCACCAUGUUACUUCUAGUGGCGCUCUCAAUUUACGUCCCAGUCUCAAUUUACAGCUUUUGUCCUUCAUUGCUUUAAUUAGUUGUCUCUUCCACCUUCUUCUCCGUUAUUUUCAUCUCUAGUCUGCAUCAGUGUUUGGGCGAUGAUGGAAAAAAUCUAAAUCAAGAUUAAAUGAACUUUUUACCUCUAUUAUGAUUAAUGUAUGAUUAUCUGAAAAAAAUGUCUGCAUAGGCUGCAAAUAAAAAUAUUUUUAAAUAAAUAAUUUAGAAAAUAAAUACACUUUAAUUAAUAAAUGAAUGCACUAAUAGGUAUUUGGUUUCAAAAGUGUAAAGUCACAACAUGCACUAGCCUUCUUUCUUUCUAAACCAGGCCGUUUACAAGAAGAAAAGCAGCAGCAUGUUUUUUUUGUUUUUUUUUUUGUUGUUGUUGUUUUUUUGAUUGUCAACACUUUUCUGUUAAACACAGACUGGGACCUAUCUCUGAACAACUUCUUACUCACGUUUUUCUGGUUAUAUAGUUUCCAGCAUUUAAAGUUAACAGUAGGGGGCGUCUAGUCAUCAGCCAAUCAAACGUGCGUUUGAGGGGAGAAAAAAAUGGACCAGCACAUUCAACAAGUGAAAAGGGGUAAAUGUAACUCAGAACAUAAUGAAAAUAAUUCACUUAAUAAUAGUAGGGUCGAUUCUAUCCUUACAAAAUAUGGGAAGACAAUCUAAAUUACCUAUAUAACUGCACUUAUUAUAUAAUGCAAAUAAGGUUGCUUAAAAGUUGGUGGGGACAAUUUGUGCACCCCGGAAAGUUGGUAGUGUUAUGUCCCUACCGUCUCUAUGCAAACCUAAGCCCUUGCUCUCCUCCCCUCUGCUUUCUUGUUGUCAGGUAAAACUGAGCACAACGUAUUAGCGCGGGAAUGUCGCCCCUCAACAGCAAAUACAAAAAUAAAACAAAAAAAAAGAAAAAUACUGCAGGUUGUUAGAGGAGCUGAACGGCUUAACCAACAUUGUAUUAUCUCCUCUAGUAGAGGCUUGGGUGAAACGAAUAUUUACAGACACAUAGAAGUUAUACACGAUAGCUUCAAGUUAGAGCAGCAUUAGACAGAUAAUGGGAAGAAAAUGUAACGUGGAACUAAAAUGCAAAAAUAAUAAUUGAUGUGAAGUGAUUUAUUAUGAAACAUGAUGUUACUUGUUCCUUGUUCGUUCAAUAAAUUUGACAAUGGGUAAUUUGUCAGGACAUUUGUUGGAACAACGGCUGCAAGUAGGGGUUGAAAAUUCCCCCUUGUUCAAAGUGAGGAACAACUUAAAAAAUCUGAGUACCACUCACGAGCUCCAGAGAGCAGCCUCAGGGUUUGAACCUCUAAAUGUUGGUUUUUGCUCUUACUGGGAAGGGGAAGGUUGAUUAAAGCUACAAACACACAGUGUCUGGUUUGCGAGAUUGUGUGGUUUUCCGUGGUGAAGAAACUGGCCAGUCAGUGCUUAAAAAAAAAAAAAAAGACAAGCAGUAGCUGACAACUUGCAUGGAAGACUGACUUCAUAACGAAUGGAAGUUAUGUUACUAUCAAUGUUAAAAUCUGUUGAAAAUCAAGCUGUCAAACCCUGUCCUGCUGGAGCGAACAGGCUACCCUCAAUCCAAGUCCUGUAAAAAAGUAAUCAUAAAACAUUUUACUCAUAAGGAUUUGUGGUUUACUUCACAUCCAUGAAGAACUCCAUGAUCCAGCUCAAGUUGUCUUCAACCCAUCUUAUCAUGUAAGAGCAGGGUUUAAAUCUCCUUUCCCGGGCAGGCAGUGAAGACAGGCUGUUUUUGGUGAAUGAAGGGAUUUCACUCAACAAGACCUGACUCUUUAGCCCCCAAACAGCUCCAAAAUUCAAGUCCUAUGUGUCUGACACAUCCUUCUCAUCUGAGCUAAAAAAGUUCCACCAAUAAAAGACCCUGGGGGGGUCUGAGCAGCCAGGACAGAAUGCAAAAAGGCUAUUCUAAGCACCAUGUCCUCACUUUUUUCCUGCUGCUUUCUCACUCCAGCUCACUCUGACUCCUUGCAAAGAUUUUACUCGGAGCCUUGAAAAAAAGCUCUUGGGAAAGUUUGAGGAAAAAAGCUCCCCUUUGUGUUCGCACAUGACACUUGAUUUUCAUGAAUUUAGUGCAUACUGAAAACAGUUCAUGUUUUGGGUGAGACAUCCUAAAAUAUUAAACACUGUAAAGUCGGUUUAAUAAACAAUAGAGACGUUCCAACUUACAAGGAGCUAUCCAACUUGACAUCAUACCAUCUGUUGCCUUUGUAUUUUUGUUGCAUCCAAAUCUAUUUUCAGCCUCUUGAUAGAAUCUCUUGGUUCCAAAACUAAAUGGGAGAGUUCAAGAUUGGUCUACAGGCUCAUUUAUGCUCAACAUUACAUAUGGAUCUGGAUACGUAUCUGUCCGUGCUUCACAUUCUUUCAUCCGUAUUUCUGCAUGUAUCCUUGAAGUUUACAGAUACAGGCCAGAUGAAGCAGUACCACCCGAAACUGUGGGGGCAGUGUUGCUGCUGUCACUACCCAAUACGCACCUUUAGAGAGAAACGAAGAAACCAAUGGCGGGGUGUUUUGAGGAUCGUCAUCAAUUUCUCUCAUCUGUACUACUAAAGAAAAGAAUUCUCCAUUCUCCAACCACGAGGCAUUUAGUGGCCUGACCGACACCUGCCUCCUCCAACGCUCCCUCUGUUUCUUUCUUCAUUGCAAAAUAUACAUUAUCACUAGCUCCUCCACAGUCGCCAUGUUUCUUUUUGUUAGUUGUUGUCAGAAACUUUUGACUCCGGCCUGCCCCCCAGUGGAUGUAAUGAUUAACAUCCAUGCCAACAUAACGGACCCAUGGAAGAAUGUGUGCAGUGACGUAAUCAUUGUUUGAAAUGGACGCGUACAUUUUCAUAUGUAUGGCGAGCAUAAAUGAGCCUUAACAAGGCCGAGGAUUUAGAGAUGUCUAAGUACUCCUCUAAAAAGACUCCAAUCCCAGGGUUAGUUUUUGAAAUCUAGGUCUAUCUUCCUAAAAUAUUUAAGUUCGCUGCUUCUUGGUUCAAUGUGGGUAAAUGGGUAAAUCUCACAGUUUGUUCAUGCAAAAGCCUCAGACAGUGAAAAAGUCAUAUAACGUCAUUUCUUUCUUGCAGAGCUUUCUCAAGUCAGAGCAAAUCACUGCAGUGAUGUGACUUUAGUAAUUCUGGUUUGGGCCAAACACUUUGAAUAGGAAUCCUGUGUUACACACCAGAGCGAGAAAGUUUAAAAGAUGGAGUCAUUUCCCAGGCAGGUAGAGUCUAAAAAAAGAUCCUUCCUUUCAUGUGGAAAGUGUAGGAUCCAAUUUUUUCUGAACCUUCUCCGUCUGCAGCAAAAACUCUCUCUCAUCUCUACAAUUAAUCCAAAAUGCAGCCUCCAGGAGUUUAACAGGUAGCAGAAAAGGAGAGCGCCUAUCCUUUCAUCUCAGCACUGGCUGCCUGUUGGUUUUAGAGUUGACUUGAAAAUUUUACCUCUCACUUUUAAGAGUUUGGCCUCCAGCUAUUUCUGACCUCUAAGCUCCCUGUGUGCCGUCACAGGCCUCCAGGUUACUUAAAUCUACUCUGCAGGUAGUUCCUAUAUCCAUAGUGAAAAAUAAAGGUGACAAAGCUUUUGGCAUCGGGUCCUCCCUCCCAGAGGAGAUUAAGACGGCUCAGUCUCUCUCCACGUUUAAGUCUUUUUUCAAAACACUCCUUUAUAGUCUGGCUCUCCUGUGAUCCACAUUUCUUACUCUUGACUUUAUUCAUGUUUUGUCGUUUGGUUUUUAUCUCUGUGUUUGAUGUGUUUUUUUUUAGUCAUUGUUUUAUUAACUCCUAAUUGUAUUAACUCCUAAAUUGUACCAGCCUGCCAUAGAGUGCAUAUAGAAUGGACACAGCCUGCCUCUUGAAGCCACUCCGAGAACAGCACCCUCUGAUGAUGGGCUGCAGUAUAGGUCAUAAAUCCCGCCUCCUCCAGCAAUCCUUAUGAUACAGAAUAUGAAUUUUUCUCCCCCCUGGUUGAUGUUGACAUGUAGUUACAGUAAGACUGGUUUGUGCUCAAGUCCUCUUUUUUCUGUGCAGCUCCAUUUUUAAAAGUUAUUAGGGGGUUCAUGUUUUCUAUGAUUGACACCUGAUACAGCCUAUGGGUGUACGAAGAUUGAGUAGCUGUUUGGCUGUUUGAGCCGAGUGUCAUCACAGCGACUCUCCUGCCAAAUGCUUACAACGCUACUAUGCAAUGUUGGUCUCAGGAAGUGGAGAAAAAACCCGGAAAUACAGAGAGUAAUUCAGCUUCAAAUUCAUAUAAGGUCGGAAGGCGGAGCCAAGUUGUCUGUAGUAUAUGCAGUCUAUUUAGCCUGCUUAAAGCACUGCAUGGAUGUGCAGGGAGCUCGAUUCUUGGUGGACUGGGUGUUUCCCAGAUCUGUCUCCCCUCUGUGAGUGAGUCUUCCUCGCUGUGUUAUUCUUGUGCAGUUUUCUGGCACGAGAUCAGUUUUGUGUCUCAUACCAGUCUGGAUUGGAUUUCAUCAUCCUGUUGUGAUGGGAUCAUCUUAUAUGGGACAUUUGGAUCUCCAAUAAUCUUGCUUCUGUGUGUCAUGAUCAAUCUGGAUGCUUUAUGUGCAGUCAUAUGAAUCUGGCAAUGAGUCAUGGGGAUUAUUUUACCCCACCCUUUUUUAGACAGGGUUUUUUUUAAUACAGAUAAUAUAGACAAAAAAGACUUGACUGUUGAAUUUCAGCUCUAUUGUAACUUGAAAUCUACAAUGUAGAUGUCUCACAACAUCAGCUGAAGGCAGUGUGAGAUGGUCAGUGUAAUUUGGUGGAUGAUCCCUUUAACUCGCAGCAGACUCAGUAAAAAAAAAAAUCUGAUUAAAAAAAAACAGGUUUGUCCCUGAAAAAAUCCUGAAGCUGUGACUCAUCAGCUCAGGUUUCUCAUUUCAUAUCCCGUCACUGGAGCGAAGACAGAACUAAGUGUCCCCUCUGCUCUGUCUCUGCCUGCAGCCACUCCUUUGAUGAGGAUCUCUCCCCUCGGCCCAAAGGGAAGAAGAAGAAGAGAAAGUCUGAGCGGAGGAGGAAGAGGAAAAGGUCAGUCCCCAAACUGUGAGAUGACUCUGCGCUGAGGAGGUCUUGUUUGUCACCUUGGUUGCAUCUCCUGAAAUGAAUAAAUGGAUCGAGUGGAGAGGAGAGGAGAGGAGGGGGGUGCUCAGCGCUCGCUGAGUUGAUGUAUAUUUUUCCUCUGAUUUCAGGUCUCCUUCCCACAGCCUGUCGCCUCUGAGAAAAAAGAAAAAGAAGAAGAAGAAGAGCUCCAAGAAAAGCAAGCGGCAUAGGUAUUUUUCUGCUCAUUUCCCGCUCUGGCAAAAUUAUGUGACAUGUAUUUUGAAGUUACGGAAAUCAUGAUUUUUUCCCCCCCUUUAUUGCAGGUAUACCUCAAAGAAGUCCAAACACAGGUAUGUGAUAGAUUUUUGCAAGAACUUGUGCAUGAUUUCAGCAUGCCUCCUGGCUGAAAAGAGCAAAAAUGAAUGCUUUUAAUAAGAGAGAAAGGUAUAAAGGGGAGAAGUCCUCAGCUGGAUGCAUUUCCACUGUAAUAUGUAGCGUCUGCUUUCCUUCAGAUUGCAGGAUUUUCAACUUAAAAGCCAGUGGCCUUUAUGUAUCAGUAAAAAGCAGACUGUGUGCAGACUUUAUUCUCCUCACUCAUCGCUCUAUUCUCUUUCAUCCCACCAGCUCUUCAAGUUUAAAACAUAAGAGGAAGGAUGAGCGCAAGCACAAGAAAAGGUCAGUCUGUGCUUGUUGCAUCAGAAUCAUGUACUCUCCAAAUCCUACACAACUUUUUUGAACCCCACCACCACCACCCUACUGCACCUCCUCCUCCUACAUCUCCUCCAUGCUGAGCCCAGCCACCCUUUUCUGAACAGUGGAAGAAAGAGACAGCAUCCUCCAGGAGCUUCUCAUGUAAGGGCAGGAUGGGUGCAUAUGGAGACACGCAGCUUUUUAUUUAUCCGGGCAGAGCGUGAAAAAAGCCUCGUAAGGAGGGAAACAGAUUGAAAGCCUGGGCCACAAAGAGAGGGAAAAAGAGGGUGAAAGAGGCUAAGAGAAACCAAUUUCAUGCUGUGAUCUUUCAACAUUUUAUAAUUCGACUUUGGAUGAGCGGGCCGUUGUUUGUAAGCACAGAGCCGAGUUCAGUCGCUGCUUACUUCAACAGAAACCACGGCUUUCCGGCUCACUACAACACUCCUCCCUUUAUUCUUUGUUGUCCUCAAGUCUUUUCCUCUCCCUUUACUGCCUCCCUCUCUCUGACUCGCUCUGUGAUUUUUGGGAGACAUGAUCCAUAUUCAUCAGAGGGGGAGAUGAAACACUUCGGGGGGAAAAACCUGUUUGAAAAGUACAUCCUUUAAAGUUUGACUUCCCCAAAGAGUAUAAUUCAGAUUUCAGGCAGUGCAGCUCAGAGAAGUUCUGCAGCACUGCGGGCAAUGAUCAGCUGAUUUUAGAUCAAUCAUCCAAAGAUUGAUUCACUGACAGAUAUUUAAAGGGAUAUUUCGGCAUAAAAUUAAGUUAUGGUCAAACACAUAUAACACCAAGUAAGAGAUGAAUGUUGCCAAUGAAUGUUGGAUCCAUGCACAAACCUUAACCAAAAAGCCACUCUAUAGCCACAAAUAAUGCUCAGAACAGCACCUAACUUCAUCAACAGUACAUAUAGGGUCCUAGCCACAGCACUAGCCACCAAACAUCUUCCCCACUUGUUUGUGGGAGAGUCCAAACCGGUGUGCGCAUGGAGACAAAUACUGUGGCAACAUUCAUCUCUCGAGGGGGUUUCUAACUCGGUGUUAUGGUGUGUUUGACCAUAACUUUAUUUUACACCGCAAUAUCCCUUUAGUAGUCAGAACAGGUUCAUGGAACCCCCUGCAAUAUGACCAGGAUUCAGUUUAUUUCCUUCUACAUGUUUUUGUUUUAUAGUGUGAACACAUUUCUCACCUGAAGAGUGUCUAAUCAGGGUGUGGAUGACUAAACUUUCUGCAGUUCAACAGGAAUUAAUGUCCCUUAGUUAUUUUUCUUCAUCAGAGUUUGUUUGGAUAAUACUGAACGAGCAGUCGUUGUAAUCAAACAACAUUUUUAAGACAGUUUGGUUCAUUUGACUUCAUUAGUGUGAAAGCAAACCAGACCACAGCAACAAUGUUGGUUUCCACCCCCCAGUCGAACCUGAAUCCCCUUGACUAUCAUGAGUGUAAUAGAUUCACCCUAAUAGAUUGCAUUGAUACUCCAGUGUUAACCACAUUUAUUGUGCAAUAUGUUCAGGAGCAGAUUUUGGAUCAGGGCUAGCAGGCUACAUACAAAUCAUGAAUGUAUUAUUAAGAGUUAAAUAUUGGCUGCAGCUAAUAGUUGGGUCACAAAGUGAGAUUCUGUGACCAUCCUCUGGCAAGGAUGUUUUGACAAUUGAUUUGAUCUCUGUGGACCCUUUAGAAAAGAUUUAGCCCCCAGGUCCCUCGCAAAAAUCCCGGCAUUUUUUGCUAGACAGCUAAAUUCAAGAUGGCGGCCGGCGCCAUCUCUGAAAAUUAACUUUUGAUCUGGAUGACCUAGAAUCAUGUAUGAAGGCACUUUUCCAUACAAGUCAAGCAUGAGGAUUCCAAAUCUGACAUAGUUUUAAUCAUACAUCUUUGUUUUGACCGCGAUAUUCACGAUGGCUGCCAUCUAGUACUGUAAUUCUCAACCUUCAGGACUUGACCCCCCAAAACAAUCAUAUUUGAACUGUGUAACCCCCAAUUUGUUUGACUCUGUUCCACAUAUAGAUAUUGUGAAAAUAGCCGAUCUACAAGCCCGUAACACAUGGGGCUCUAUUUCGUGCCUCGCCGGAGACGUGCCGCAGGCGCAGCGUAAGUCAGGUCCGCCGCGCCGACAAGGCGUUCCCAAGCACAAUUUGGUAUUUUGGUGAGCCACGCAGCCCGGCGUAAGUAUCCCCCCUCCCUUACUCAGCUCCUCCCAGCGUCGUAAGUCGUAGCGAGGGAGGAGAGAGGGCGUGGAGUGGGUUUUACACAGCCGAGACCUGUUUUCACCAAUCACAUAGGCUCCUCUCCUUGCCUUUAAAUCUGCCAGUGGCGAGGCGUAUUACUAUUUUCGUGGAGUAGUCAGAGAGAUCAAGAGAUGUCUGAAGACAGAAAUGCCACACGAUGGUGACAGAAGGCAGCUCCUCAACAAGUGUCACUGUAAGCGCUGCAUUUGGCGUCCUCCACACUCUCUCAUGUGAGCACAGACGGAUUUGGUGUGUGUAUUGUUGGACCCACUGGUAAGACAAACACCCUUUUCCACAAAUAAAGACACUCACAUAAAGUUGCAUAUAUUCAAACCUCACGUGACAAAGGUGGGUUGAUUGCACAGAUCACAAUAUAAACUCCAAAAAUGGCAUUAAAACUGGAACCAUCUGUGCGUAAAUGACGCAUCGCGCUCUGUGGCCUGGCUCUUUCUUUCAUAGAUGUUGGCAUAUAAAAUAAAUUUGCCUCACAAAACUGAAUAUUAUAAUAUCUGUAUGUCAGUUUGAAGUAAAUAACUCAUCUGAGCACUGAAACAAAUCAUCUGUUCAGCUGCAGCAGGUCAGAGAGAGGACACAGACACAUGUCCAGGUCGAGCUGCGCGAGAAAUAAGAGUAAGAGGAAGAAAGAAAAGGAGGGAGACAAAUUAAAUAUCUUGUUAACUUCAUCAUGUGUGUUUAUUUACUAGAUAUUUAAUUUAAUUUAAUGCGGUUUCAGCUGUGUUGAUUCGGUCAGGUUGUGUGUCCAAACGCGUGCCAAACGUGCUCAUCAGAUCAGAUAUAGAUCAGAAUAUAUCGAUAUAGAUCUAAAUGUAUGUGCUGACUCAGAUUAAUAGUUAUUGAUGAUUAUUUAUUGCACUGAAAUGUGCCUGACACUGUGGAAACCUGCCGGUGAGGCAUCGGUGAUGAAUGCUGAUACGCCGCCGGUCUACCAAAAUACCACUAGACCAGCUGCGCUCCGCCUGCGCUGAAAGCUGACCAGGUUUGAAUCGGCGAGCUUUCAGUGCACUUUACACGCCAUUGGCGAGCACGAAAAUGUCCAUGAUAAUACCAAACUGGCUGUACGCCGGGCUCCGCCAGACGAAAAUACAACUGCGCGGGGUCCGCCACCCUCCACCCUCCUGUCCCUUCAAUCACAUGCUGCUUGUUUAGUGCUGCUGCUUUCCUAAAUGUUGCCUCAGUCAUUCUUUUGAGCCCACAGUUAGAGGAGCUACACAUUUGAUCUGUAAAGACAGUGUGCAUGCAGAAUACAUGGCUGCUUGAAUAUGGAAGAAAAUAGUAUACCAACAAGAACAGACAGACAGUCAUGUAUUCUCCAGUGUGGUAGUCUGUGUAAUGAAGCCACAUAUACCAUUAAGUCGACCCAAAGAUGAUCCCUGACAUGAAGGGACAGCCAAUCAAAUUGCCUGAGUGAAGUACUGCUGCUGACAUGAAUCAAGCAUACUGGAUAGUUUGAGUGCAAUAUUCACUGGCCUUUAUGUUGUUGUUAAGUUAAGUUUUCUCUGUACUUGAUCAUUGGUUGGUGGCGUACCCCCAGAUGACAGUGAAAUGAUAAUGUUAGGACUUGUAAGAUCCUCAAAGAAAAAGAUCAUCACUGCAUCCAAAGUAAUCAACAAACAAUGCUAAACCAUUGGCCAAAUUGUCAAAUGAUAUAAGAAAAAGGCAAAAAUUGUGAAUAUAGCCAAUUUACAAGCUCACAUGCCUCACAAUACAAGGUGUUACUGGCUUGUAGAUCGGCUAUUUUCACAAUAUCUAUAUGUGGAACAGAGUCAAACAAAUUGGGGGUUACCCAGUUCAAAUAUGAUUGUUUUGGGGGGUCAAGUCCUGAAAAGGUUGAGAAUUACAGUACUAGAUGGCAGCCAUCUUGAAUAUCGCGGUCAAAACAAAGUUGUAUGAUUAAAACUAUGUCAGAUUUGGAAUCCUCAUGCUUGACUUGUAUGGAAAAGUGCCUUCAUACAUGAUUCUAGGUCAUCCAGAUCAAAAGUUAAUUUUUAGAGAUGGCGCCGGCCGCCAUCUUGAAUUUAGCUGUCUAGCAAAAAAUGCCGGGAUUUUUGCGAGGGACCUGGGGGCUAAAUCUUUUCUAAAGGGUCCACAGAGGUCAAAUCAAUUGUCAAAACAUCCUUGCCAGAGGAUGGUCACAGAAUCUCACUUUGUGACCCAACUGCUGUCUUUAAUAUGAGCUGGGGUCCCCAAACUCCAACAGUGUGUAGGACACUUCUAACUGGGUCAAUUAUGGUUCUUUCUGUCAUGAAUUUUUCAUCCAAGAAUCAUUAUGUGAGGAUCAUCUGGAUCUGCUCCAGAUCAACCGUUAAAGAGGACUGUUCUUAUUCACUUGGCUGCAAACACCACUAGUUAAUUGUGAAUCUCCAAAUACAGCUGAGCAAUUUGUAGAAGAACAUCUUCCUUUUUACUAAGACCAAGUCUGGUUUUAAGAUGACUUUAAAAUCCGAAAGAAGGUAACUGUCUUAUGUCAGUUAUCUGUAAAGGGAGGGUACCCGUCCUGACUGAGACCAGCAGUUACUCACUACUCCGGUUCCAAGAGGAUGAAGAGAGAUGGUAAAUAAAACUGCUUAGAGGAAGAAACUGAAGCGGAAGUAUAAUGUGUUUUUUUUAAAACUGCUACAGAGACAGUGAACACCGUCAAACAGCCAGAACACAUAGGGCCUAAUUAACCAUGAUCCCACAUAACCAGUGCUGAACCGCGUGAACAUCUCAGCAGAUUGUAUGAUUUGUUAGUGUGCCUUUUCACCUCGCCCAAGAGAAAACCUCAAGAAAAAUAAUUUUGGCAAACAGAAAGUAGGAAGCCAUCAGUUUUUCUUUUCUUUAGCGGCUGUGAAUUGACCACAAAUAAAGGUCAUGGUAAAUGUUUGUGUAAUCUUGAUGCUUCUACUAAAAGUAAAAAUAUCUUUAAAAAAAUACAGCCAGAGUGUGAUACUGCCAGUUAGCUGUCAAUACAGAAGUAGUCAAUACAGAACAGUAAAGAUGAGAGAGGCAGCAAAUUUGGGCUUUAUAAAUCAAAUUAUUGACUGCUUUCUGUUGACUGAUCGAUCGUCAUUCUCGUAGCUCCUUAUCCACGCCUGUCUUUUCUCCUCUGUCCCCCCUCAUCACCCCCUUCAGUUCCCGGACUCACUCCAGGCGGAGACGACGCCAUCGGAGGUCAGAGUCGGACAGUUCUUCCUGCCAGUCAUCAACAGAGGACAGGUAGGGUCCCAUCACUCCCUCCUCCUCCUCACCAACCGCUCCUCCCUCACUUUAUCUUAUCAGCCCCAGGUGUCUGCAGAGUCCCCGGUCACACGGCACAGAUGACUGAUAAGACAGAGGUGACUUCCUGAUCUGAAGCGCGGCCGGCUCUUAUCACAGCUUCACAGGAAAUGGCCCCAAAUUCACUGCACAGAUCGAUGGACUCAAUUAUAAUGACAAAUCUCAGACCUCUGAUAAUAUGAGAGAUGGCCUUUUCCUCUGCUUUUAUGGCUUAUGGGGAACAGAGUUCACAAUUCAGUGCACAGUGAUUUAACUUAUGGUCAUUAACCCCUAUAUAUCAUUGUGUGCAAUUAAUGCUUGACUAAUGCAUAUAGUGAGAGAAUGACAGAUAGAGAGCCUUGGGAUGUCAGUUUUUAAAAAUUAGAUUAGUUCAAAGUCAGAAUGAGGCCUCUUUUAGUACUACAACACUGGUAUUUUAACAAGUCAGGACUUCAUGCAGACCUGUAAAGCACCUAGACUCUUCUACUACUGAGCUGUGCUGUUGUAAUAUCUGUAGAAGGUGCUGGUUAGCGUGGAAGAAGGCAUUGUCUGGAUAGAAGCUGCAGAGCCUGAAUAUACUUUUCAGGAUUAAUGGAGCCUUUAUGCUUUUUCAUACCAUCACAGAUAUGAGCAGUUUGAGUGCGUACCUGUUUUUGUAUCUUCUAGGGCUGCACGAUUUUGGCAAAAAAUAAAAUCCCUAAUUUUUUUCUCUGAAAGUGACAACUUCACCAAACUUUACUUAAAUAAUAUGUUUUUUUAUCGUCUCUCAAAACGAAACCACUGAAAACAAUGUAAUGCAUAUGCCAAGCCAGUAAGUGGUGCUUUAACACCUUCCAAGGUAAUACACAAAAGACAGAAGAGUAAGAGUACGGGGGCAUGCGUUUAAAGGUUGUUUUAUCCAGACAUGCACAGGCGCCAUAAAAGAGUUACACUGUGUGUCACAUCAUCAUUUCAAGAGAUGCAGAUAGGCAUCCACACAGAGAUGAGAUGGUAGUCGUUUACGGAAUUCUGCACUCUCUGACCCAUUUUCAAAAAGUACUGAAAUUAUCGCCUUCUUUUGCAAACGCCAUGUUUGUUUACACUGGUGUGUGUGGGAACAGGGGAGCGCUCCCGCAGGAAGGGGGAGCCUACAGUGGCCUGGAGGUGCAAGACAUGAUGGAGAGGAAAAUUUAUAUGACAUUUUUAAUUUUUCUAACACCGUCAUAAUCAAAUAAUCCGAUUACGAUUAAAAAUCGAUUAAUCAUGCAGCCCUAGUAUCUUCUAUUCGGUUUAAUCCCAGUCAAGAAAAUAGACCAUAUCAAAGCCAAAGUAAAACCGCACACUAAAAUGUGACGUACCCUCAUGGUUUUCAGUGUCAUCAGAUAUACAUAAAUGCUCAAAGUGUUGCAUUCCUCUAAUUCAACUUGCACUUGUGUUAAUGCCGCUGUGUCAUGACAACUGAAUCCAGUGUUUUUUUCCACAGACACCAUCUGCAGAAAUCUGUGGUGCAUCAAACAUUAGGAGACCUGGCAGCUGUAGUUGAGGAAACUAACGGAGUGCUCGAUCACGCAGACAUGAAGUGGAAACCUGCAACCAAAUCAGUGUGUAAAACGGCUCCAAAAUAUCGCUCCAUCCUCUCCACGGCCACCGUAAGUACACUUUAGGACUCUUCACAGUGCCGCCACUGCUUCACUCUGAUUUCUCAGUUAUGGCCAUGGAAAACAGAGAAUUGUCAGUCAGAGGUGCCCACAGUGAGGCAGAGGGGGUUGGGAAUGAUUUAAGGAGGGGGAAGACUGCUCUGAUAAUAGAGCUCUCACCAUUAAUGUCCAGACCUCUCAAACUGAUCUGCUCUAAAUAUCCUCAGAGUUUAACCAUGCAAUCAAAUUUAUACAUGGUCCUACUCUGACCUCUUUUAAGGCUUUGUUUUAUUAUAGGUAAUUUCAGCUUUUAUUCCAACAUCAUCAAGUACUUGUUGAGAUGAAUCCCAAAAACAAUAAACAAUAUUAGAGAUAUGGGUUUCUGAAAGCUGGUUUAAAAAUAAAGCAUCAUGUCAAGGUGAAGUUUAGACAUAUAAGAAAUGUUUUACUCUCUGAAGACAAAACAAGUUUGUAUUUCCCCUUUUAAAUUGUAAAUGUGCAAUUCUUAACACACAUUAAUGAACAUAUAAUUUCAGUGUUUUAAUGAAUAACUUUUGCAGACUCUGCAACUAGUCCAGAUCAGGAACUCAAAAACACAGAGGUUAAAGUUUCACUCUUCUUGAAUGAGAAAGUUUACCCAUCUUCAACUGAGGCGAACCUUAAUGAAACUCAUUAAACCUCCUAUGAGGAGUUUCUUUUGUCAAUGAAAUAGACUGAAAUUCAUAUUGCUGCCUUUAAUGACUUACAAAAACAAACACGACUGUUAGAGACAAUAUGGACAGUGUUUAUGUCCUGAUUUUUAUUGCCUGAAACUGGUGUGAGGGUAUCAGUCGAGCAGUUCAAUCCUGUAUCUACAUUUUCACAUUAAAUAACUCGCUAAUAAUAAUAAUAACUUUGACUCCACCAGUUAGCAGGAUGAGACUGUUUGCCCAAAGUUGCUCCUCAAAGAUGACAAGAAAAGCAAAGCUACUCUGUCCACAGGGGGCGCCAAAAUUGGCACAAACCAAACAGAGUGAAAAUCUGUGAUAUUAACUCAGAUUUGCAGCAGACUGCCUGAAAGAGAUUUUUCAGUGACUUUUUACUGCUUUCCGAUCAAUAUGACUGACUAGUGUUUACUUAAACAGACAGAUAAAAAAAAAAUUAAAAAGACAACAGUCAUCAUUUUGUUUAUUUUAAUUUGCCAACUUGUCAACAAACAUGGAAUACAAAUAAUUUAACGAGUUUAAAUGUACAGCUAAAAGUGAUAAAUUGGAAGACUCAAAAGAUGCUGGACAAAUCUACUCGUCAAGGUUAUUCAAGACUCUCACAUUAGAUAAUAAAGUAAAACAUGAAAAAGCCUGAAUGCCUUUAAAACAGUCGGUCAAACAGCUCCUCAGAGGUUUCAUUUGAAUGUUUUCCGGGUUUGUUGUUGACUUCUACAGGAUGUAACUAUGUCAGGAGAUAACAUUAGCACAGUAUGACUCUUUUGGUCUGUGGAGUACCUUUUGAUUAUUUUGGCAUUGAUCAGGAAUUUGGAUAUCAUUUUCGUAUUGAGAGGCAUUGAUUAAACCCAUUAGUGUUUCUUUUCUGCGUUAAUAAUAUCCAAAUGUAAACUGUAAACAGUGGGCAGGCAUUUCUGUCCACAGGUCAAAUAUCUGUCAGAAGGAAGUUUAAUCUGUUGCAGUCGGUCCUUUUUACUUUUAUUAAGGGGCGUUACAUUAAUUUCAGGCACUAACAGGUACAAAGUUGAUGUGGUCAAAUCGAAACAAUCUCAUUAGAAGUGUUUUUUAUGUUACCUCCUGUCAUUUAUCCCAAACUCUGUCUCUUUCAGAGGGAGACACCUAAUCUCUCUGCGAGUCUUAAAUGCUAUCAGACUUUUCGAGCGGGUGUCAGUCUGAGCCUCUCAGUUGUAAAAACAGGCAGUUUCACUUGACGUCCUCUAAAAGGCUCAUUUCACUCCUUGAAAUAAUUUUCAGCUUUUCCUCAUUGUUGUGCUGCAGUCUUAAGCUGUUUGUACCUGUUAGUCAGAAACCCUGAAGUUAUUGCAGAACUCUGGACUCAGGCUCAAGAAUGUGAAACUUAUUAUUUUUCGCAGAGUUGGUCUUAAAAAGGUAACAAAUGUUGUAGCUAGUAUGCAGUAGGGCUGCAACUAACGUCUAUUUUAAUAGUCGCCAAGUCACCGACUAUUGAAAUGAUUAGUCAACUAAUCGGAUAAUAAUAAAGCUAAUAUCAUACCGAAGCGAGUCUAACUGUUCAUCCAACAUGUCGACGUGCCUUCUCCUCAAAUGUUUGUGCAUCACCAAUGCAAUCUUGCAAUCUUGCAAGUUAUUUUUUUUCGCCUUAUCUAGGCUAAAGUGCUCCCAAGCUUUGGAGGUUUUUAAGCACGUACUCGUAGCUGCUGUAUGGGAUGCUGGUGCUGCCAUGUUUGAAUACCCUACCGCUUGGCAGAAACGCAAGGCAUGCAGAGACCGUAAUGAAGCAAAAAAACCUCACUCCACUGGAAAAACAUGUCUGGCGACAGUAGUUGAUAAUGGAAUUCAUUAUUGAUUUUUGUCGAGUAAUUGUUGCAGCCCUUGUAUGCAGCUUAGUUUUUUGUGUACUGGCACCCAGCUCUGGCAUGAUGCUCAUUAAUAGCUCUUUUGAGAGCUUAUCAGGACUCUUGUGGAUCUCUAAAAUAUUUGAAAACUGACUUAAAUUGGAUUUCAAACAUUUAAAGUCAUAAAAGUGUUAAAUGGUUGUAUUGUUGCUUGUGAGAAGUCAUUGAGUUUUUGUCCUAGAUUGCGUUAUCUCUCAAAUUUAAGACUUAAAGUGAAACUGUCAAAGUGGGCAGGUGUUGAGGCCACUUCCAGUGUGUCCAGACAACAGUGUGAAAAAACAGCUGACGUAGAGGGUGUUUUUGCCUCUUCAUACCUUCACCCUUCAGCCUUUUUUAUCUGCCUUUACAGUUAACUCCUUAGCCCCAGUUGUUCAGAAUGCAGGCCUGACCUUGAAAGAGAGAGAAAAACAACUCAUCUUUAAACCAUGAUUUACAACUUCCAUGUGCCAGACUUUCAAAAACAGUUUUAUUCAUUGCAGGCUGAUGUUCCCAGAGAGCCCAGUGGAAACAGCUCCAUCCUUAAACUCAUUGUCUCAUGCUUAUUGGGGCAUGAAAUAUAUUUAAUUUCUCUCCAGCAAUCAUUAAAUUAUGCUAAUUGCACAGACAAAUGUUUUUAAUUACACACCACAGGGUUUUAAUUGAAAUUCAAUAAAUUAAUCCAUAUAUUGAAUCAUGGCUGGCGUUCAGUAUCCCAAAGUCAUUCAGGGGGACUUCACAGUUUGUUACUGAGGGGAAUUUGGUGGUGUUUGCACUCAUUUAUGGCUUUUUAUUUAAGGCAUGAAAGCACAUCAAUUUACAAGUAACGCAGACUGAUUUUUGCUUCAUAUUUUGUCCUAAAAAAUCUACUCCAAAAGGAAAGGAUUAUUUAGUUGGUUGUGUUUUGAAUGCUGUGUGUGCUCUGAAUUUACAUUUUAUGUUAAUUUAAUGGACAAGAAAGCACCCUAAUGUUUUAUUGUGAAGGGAACGGUAGGUAUGCAUCGACAAACAAACCCUUGAAAAAAAGCAAAUGAUUUAUUAACUUUAAAACCCAUAAACCCUUGCUGCAAAUAUAUUGUGUGAAUUAUUGAAUUUCUUUUGUGGUGGAAGCAGGACAAACAGAAAAGUAAAACACACAUCUGCAGCGAUUAAGUGGUUAUUCAGUGCAGCCUUGUCAAAAUAUCUGGAGCUGACGUUGAGGAAUGUCUCAGUUUAAAAUUUGUCUUUCUUGAGGUAAAACCUCUCCUGAGCUCGCACAGAUGCGCACAGAUUCGAGUGGUAAACAAGGAUGGUGAAGGAACAGAGAUUUGUUUAAUUUCCCUUAGGAGUCGGUCUGCUGGGUCGACUUCAGACUUGAGCAAAUAUGUGGAAAACCUUCAGGAGGAGAGACAGACAGAUAAACCUCUCUGUGUUUUAGAGAGAUCAUAACUUUGUGCGAUUACUCCACCAUGAUCCUUGGAGAUUUAGUAUCUUCUUUUUUCCAUCUGUGGGUGACUGCAGUGAAAAAAAAAGAGCAUCUCUACACCGAUAUCUAACAUAAAAACACACUUUAAAGGAUUCUUGGCUCAAAAAAAAAAAAAAACUCCAAAGCAAAGCCAGAAACUAAAAGUCCAGUUCCAGUAGAAGUUUAACUGGCUCUGGGUUUGAAGAGAGGGUUAUUGUCUUUUUCUUGCAAUUCACGACUCUAAUGAUGCACUUAUGUUGCCCGCUCUUCCCUUUUUCUUACACCUUACCUACUUAAGGAGGAAAUCUUGAUUGGUAAGUCGAUGCUAUCCGCAGAUUGAGGGAUUUACUUGUAGGUCGGUGCAGGCUAAUUAUUUACUUCUUACAGGAGAAAGAGUCAUCUGUCCUAUUCUGAGGGCUUUCUUAGUUAGACUGAUGGGAUCUCUCUUUGUCUGCAAUCCUUUUCAUUUCUACAUAAUACCCAUUUUGUGAUGUUUGUUCAAUGUUCUUUAAAUGACGGGGCUAUUCUUGACUCUUUUUCUCUUCACUGCAGUUAGAGGCAGUAGAUCUUUCCACACAUAGUUUUCUUUCUUCUCUGCUGUUCUGUUGUUCCUUUCAUAUACUUGUUUUAGUUUAGACUUACUUUAUAUCAAUUUGUUUCCUGUUGAUUUCUUUGAUUUUAGUUGAGUUCAGACCUUCCUUUGAGGUUAAUCGCAUGCUUCAGAUUUGCAUGAUGUCUUUUAUCUUUCAAAGUUUUUGUCAGAAGAAAAUAAAGAAACCUCUUCUCUGUGUUCUCGGGGGGAAUAUAUUGCUUUUUACUUAGUCUAUGCACAGUUCAUCAAAGCAGAUAGCAGGUUACAGUUUUUCGUGUAUAGUUGGUUUUAAGCUGCAGCCUGUUUGUCUCUUUGCAGAUUAUGUCAUCAAAACCUGCAGACGAGCUCUUACACGGAAAAGGGUCUCAGGAUUUAUCGAGCCAGAUCGAAGGUCCUCACGAUUACGAUUCUGGGAAUGACACGUCUUCACCGCCAUCUAGCAAAACUGGUGUUUCUCGAGCAAGUGUUGUUAACAACAUGCGGAGCCACUGUCAGCGUCUGGCCUCUCCGGAAAAGCUGAAGUUCAAUGACAGAGACAACGUCUCUGAUUCAGGGAACUCUGUGACUAGCUACGCCUCCCUGUGCAGACCUUUUGGGGAGGAUGGCCUGUCUGCAACCCUCUUCAGUGCAAACGGCAAGAGGUAGAGUUGUUUCCUGAGUGAAUAAUCCAUUCGAAUGACUGCUUCCCAAGAAAACAGCAAGCUGUUUAUCUUCUGUGUCCAUGCCCCGUUUCCUCCUUUGAAAUAUUCAUUUGUAAGAGAAAAACAGCAAGCACUCUUUAAAAAAAUAAAUCCAGGGUACAGUCGUAGUGUUAUCACUCAAAGCAGUGAAAUGUCUUAAUGUGUUUUCUUAGCAGGGAGCAGAUAACCCUGGGCUGUCGGGUAGAAGUAGUGAGAUCUCCAAAGACCUCCAGCUGUUCACAGAGGAUGAACAAAUCAUCGGGAAGGCGCCUGAAAACCCGGUCAUCAAGCAGCAGGAGCAGGAGCAGAUCCUCCAGGAGUUCCAGAUACUCUGAGCGCUACUCUCGAAGCCUGUCGCUGUCAUCCUGCAGGUCUGUAACAGCUGAGAAGUUUCAUAACGCUUACGUAUACCAGUGUCCAAGUUCUACUGAGUACGUUUUCACUCACGCAUUUGGAGUCAGACUGAAAAAGUGGAAAUGUAGGACACUGAGGUGGAUUUGUGAAUUAUGUGUUUUAGUUGUGCCAGACUACUUAUGCACUUUGCUUUACAUACAAGUGGACAGGUGAGGGUUCAAAAAAGGACUUACCUCUUGGUAACAGUAGCUGCGUUGACAUGGGCACGAAUAAUAUGAAUAAAUGCCCAAUCGGAAUAAAAACACAUCAUAUAAACGCUCAAAAGAUUCUGAUCCAAUUCAGCUCAAUCAGAAAGAAAUUGUAUUCCGAUCAGGAGGGUGGUUUAUGCUGAUUGUUAUUCCAAAACGUGUCAAUGUAAACUUCUUCUGACCGUGACUCUCUUACCUGACUCGGUCUUUACUCAUUAGCCUUUGGCUUAUUAUUGAGGCCAGUUCAGGAGAUUUUAUUAUUAACACUUUAAAUGUUUGGCAUAAAACACAACCACAGGUGCCAUGUCUGCCCCUCCGGUAACAUAACAAGGCGUGCAUACAGUGUAAUGAUGUCACAUCUGCACCUAAAGUAAAACCUUUGACAGGAUGGUAAAAUAAGUGAGCAAGGGCGCCAUCUAGUGACAACAUUUAACGGGGGGAAAAUCCUUAAUUGGAUGAAGUGAGCCACUACCGCGUUUGUUGUUUUGUUGACAGUACAGGUGUCAAUACAACUCUUCUUAUUCUGCAGUUGUUUUAGUGAAACCAGACAACUCUGCACAUGUCCAAAUGCUUCUAACCUGAAUAAAGCUUGGUGCAUGGAUACACAAGUUAUGAUAUUUGAUUUUGCGCCCAAGUAAACAAUAGAUUCAGAUCUUCCGAUCCACCAAAUUUUUAAUCCGAUCAAGAAAUUUUGCCCAUGCAAACAUGGCUGGUGUUGUCUGGCUAGCAUUUGAACAACAGUUUGUCAUUUGUCCAUUUUCAAACUUAUUUCUAUUAAAUAUGUUAAAGAUGUGGAUGGCAUUCAUAUUAGGCACAGGGAUACAUUUUGUGAAGCUUGUCUUUUAAUAACACCCUCAGAUUGUUUGAGAAUUUAGGAGACCAGUUUAUGAAGGUUUUGAAGAGGAAUCUUGGUCCCCUUUUUGCCUGAUAUAUAUUGUACGCUGUUUAUCAGUUCACAUCUCCUUUGCCUAUAUUUCAUUUCACAGUUUGCUAAAUUUUCUAAAUGAUUGAUGAGCCAGGACUGCAGGCAGGCCAGUUUAGCACCAGGACUUUUCUACUGCAGAGCCAUGCUCCUGUAAUAAGUGCAGGAUGUGGAUUUGCAUUAUCUUGCAGAUAUAUGAAAGGCUAAUCCUGAAAAAAGGCAGUGUCUGGAUUGCAGCAUAUGUUGCUCUAAAACCUUAAUGUAAAAUCCAGCAUUAAUGGAGCCUUCCCAGAUGUGUAAAAUACCCACAUCAUUGGCACUUAAAAAACUGUGCACUGCUAGUGAGGCAGAGGUCCUUCUCCCUUUUAGAGCAGACGACACAGUGUCCAUGAUUUCCAAAAGAAUGUCAAACUCCAGAGUCAUGUCUGUUUUGAUAUAAUCUUUUAUGAUAUUAUGUGCUUUGCAUUAUAGACCCCCGAUUCCUUCGCAUUGUUGUGGUGAAGAACAUUAUUCUGAAAUUGCUGAACUGUUAGCUCACGCAGUCUCUCACUGACUGUUGACUUUUCUCCCAUCUUUACUUCUGAGGGACACAAACUCUCUUGAAUUUGAGCCACACCUGCUGUAAAUUCACUGUGUUAGUUAGAAGAUGUUACCUCAGGUGAUUUUAACAUUGCAACCUUUUUGUUCAGCUCGUAUUCGCGCUCGCCAAGUUAUUCAGCCGAUCUGAGGCGACGAGGCAGCGUGGCCAGCCUGAGCUCCAGAGGAAGCUACUCCAGAUACACCCCUGACAGGUGAACUUUGAGCCGUUGUAGAUGACUCCUCAUUACUGUUCCACAGAGAUGAAUAUAAAUCUUUACAUUGUGAUCGUGGUGAUUAAAACUUCACACUGUUGUGUUUGCUUCCCCAGACUACAUGACAGAAGGAGAACACCGAGCUCCAGAGAGAUGGACAUGAAGCAUGAACACAAGGUUACCAGGAAGAGACGAAGACGCAAAUCCUACUCCCCUAUGAAGAAAAGGAGGAGAGACUCACCGAGCCAUCUGGAAGCCCGUCGAAUCACAAGGUAGCCUACAGCUUUCCUCAGUCUGGUGAUUUAUAGCGAGAAUAUCCCUUUUUAUAUGCCUAAAAGAAGCAAAAAUGCUCCACUGGUUCCUCCCUCCACCCCCUCAGUUGGACAAAUCCCAGACCUGGAGUCACAUCGUGUUGAUGUGCUGUGCACCUUGAAAUGGCAUUUAGCCCGAGGAUGAGAUAACCGUCAGCUCUGAUGCCACCGCAGGUGCUAAAGAAACAGAUGGUGAACACAAGCUACCUGAAAUGAAAAAAAAAAACACAAGUCUGUUACUCAGUUUUUUCUACAGAUCUUCUGCCACACUGUUGGUGUUACUUUUCUGUCAUUUCAUGCUGCUUUUCUCUGCAGCCAACGACAAACAGACAGUAAUAUGCUGCACAGACUCAUGAAGUCACCGAGAGAUUACAGAGAACAGAUUUAGUCGAUACUCUGCGUCAUCUAACUGGAUUAUUCAACUUUUGCGCAAUUUGAUGGAAUUGUAUUUAUCACAGGCAGAAGAGUGAAAGUCACAUCAGGAAGCUUUUGUUGUACAAGGCGUCAUGGCGCAUUAUUUUUAUGGUAAAAAUUGUAAAACAAGGAGUCAGGUGAUUUUCCUGGAAAUGUGGUGUCUGCUGCAUGUUUCCUCUUUCUUUCUCCCUGGAUGACUUAUGCUUUGUCAUUUUUAAGAUAGAUUUAGUGUUGCUGUUAGUGAACAGAAACAGGAGUAAGUUAUUUUCAGCCAUUCUCCUGUUUGGAGACCAUCAGGCAUGAAAAGACGUAACAAACACACCAUCCAGGAAAGUGUUUGUCAGAGUCUGUCUGCAAGAAUGAUUAUGAGAUUUCAUCGCUCUGAUCAGAGUGGUGGUGUGUUUGAUUUAUUCUGCUGAAAGAUAUCAUAAAGUGCACUCACAGCAGUUUUAACCCUCCUCCUGUUCACCACACUAAUUAUCUUUUUGGCUCUCUGCAGUGCCAGAAAGCGACCCAUCCCGUACUUCCGACCCAGCCCUUCCUCCAGCAGUCGCUCCACCAGCGUGUCGUCCUGGAGCAGCCUCUUCACCCGCAGUCGCAGUCGCAGCCCCGUUCACAGCCUGAGCCGGAGCCGCAGCAGAAGCCACAGCCGCUCCUCCUACAGGAGCUACAGCCGCAGCUCCUCCUGGAACUCCAUCUUUGGGACACGCAGUCGCAGCAGGAGCCGUGGAUCGUUGAACAAACGCCACAAAAACAGGCAUUAGAGUUUCCCCGAGAACAUUAAGAGGCUGAAUCCACGGCCGGGUUUCCAGUUGAGAGGGAGGACAUAGCUGGAUGUCGGAGCAAUCGACUGUGAGCGCCCGCUUUGAUGCUUGAGUGGAAAUAUCCCAGCAGGGGUCCAAACAUGUCUUCAUUGAUGCGGCCUUGUUCAGUGGGCCCACAGAGACCGCUGGAGCCUGAAUGUCUUUUUGUUUGUUUGUUUUGUUUGCAUCCUCUUCUUGCAUCAGCACUCAAAACAGCCUGAGACUGUUCAUCUCCGAGAUAUUUACCGAGGAAACUGCACAUGAGAUAGAAACACUACUUUUUUAUUUGGUUCAUUUAUAUCACAAUUUUAAUGUCUCUGCAUGCCUCACCUCAAUUCAUUGCUUAAAACUCUUUGAAAUCACAUAAUUUAUUUAAAAAUGGGUUGAAAAUGGUGCACAGUGAGGUUCGAGGGAGCCAAAAAAAUGUUAAAAGUGCUCAAUCAAAGUGAAUUUCAGGGGUAGAUAUGCUGAAAGCACAAAGUAAAAGCUUUGCAAGUUUCAGAAGACAUCAGACAUUUACUGUCCCUUGUCAGGUCUCCAUGUUUCCAAUUCAGAGCUGAGAUGUGAAGUAUGGAAGUAACAUUUAAACUGUUUGAUCCGAGUGUUUACAAAUGGCUUCAGAGGGGUCGUUAUCAGGAGUACGGGAGGGGUUUACAGCUCUGAUCUCCACACUUCACAAGGCCGAAAAAAAAAAACACUAAAAAAUGAAACGAUGAGGGUGGCCCGACAGCGAGCAAACUGCCUGUCAGCUCAAAUGUCAAAUUAAUUUAUCCUCUGAUCAGGUGGAAAACAAUUGAAAUGUCAGAGCCUGUAGUACAACAGUGAGCGAUUGAAUCAUUGUGCGGGGAACAUGGAGGGGGAUUUUAUUCGACAAAACGUCCACAGAGUCAGAGAAGGUUUUCCAAUGAUGACUCAUGGAGAGAGAGGAUGUUUAAAAGUUACAUACAGAGAACUUAAGUCUACAUAAAUUAAAUCCUGGGGCCAUCUCUGUCCAAUCCACACAUACAUCAGUUUUAGUCAAACUUCAUUAGAAGACAUGAAGUCGUACCUCUCACUUGGUGAAAAGACGUCAUAUAGACAGCUGUGACUCAGCUCAAUGUACUUGAAUUUACUUUUUAUUGCACUGGAACCAAAUACGUUUGCCAAACAUGUUUUUCUUCUUGAUUUGUGUCGCACAGAAGGUCGAGUUUUGAAUUGUGCAGCUCCAUACAUAUUUAUAACUUAUUUAAUAUUUAUUGGUUGCUUGUCCCCUUUCAGUAGUGGUCAAUCUUUCUAUGCAACAAUGUCAAUUUAUAAUUUUUAUGACACUGCUGUAAUUUAUUUUUUGUUUUGUUGUCAAUUUUGCUCCAUUUUUGAAAACUCACUCUCUCAUGAAGCUCAACAAAAAAGCAGAUGUUCAAACAAUGGAGGAGCAAAAGCAGCAGAAACCUCCUUCUGUAUCCCACAAGUGAUCAAUCUUUGGAAUAUUCUCUUUUUUGCUUCAGUGCUGAGAGCCAAAUGAGCCGAUCAACAACAUUUUCAUAUCUGUAUGCUAACUGUGAUGGUAAAGAGAAUGGUCGACUAACUUAGCUCACCUUAAAUGCUUAAAAAAGGGAAAUGAAAGAGAUAUCAGAUGAGGCAAACAUGAGGUGGAACAGUUAAGAGUGGUGGAGGUUAAGUUAACUGCAGUCAGCAGCCAAUAGCUCAGGGUGCGUCGGUGGAAGCUAGCAAACUGGGUCUUGGUCAAAGCUACAAACUCAAGAUUAAUGUUAAUGCUCACUACCGCAACUUGUCACAUACAUUUGAUGCCAUGCUGAUGUUAACCAAGCAGCAACCCUCUGUGUUGAAGUAUGAAAUCAAAGCUGCAGUUCCUCUAGUGUCCACUUGGGGCUGACUUCAAAAUGACCAUUCACACUCAUAUUAAGAUUAAAAAUGUUUAAAACCAGGUUAAAAAAAAAUUGUAGUCUGUAUUGGUGCUGUUGCAGUGUGCCGGUGUUGAUAAUUAGCAGCUUUUUAAAAAUCUGAAAUAUUGAUAUUUGGCUGAAAAUAAACCAGCAGUAACUAGUUCAUAGUAAAGUGGUAGUACUGCGUCUUCAUGCUGGUUAUCCAUUUUUUUCUUAGUUUUUAUGAAUAUCGCUUGCCCUUUUACCAUAAUUUUUAAGGUAAAAAUGAGCUGUGGCAGCCCUAGUCUGUAUAGCUAACCAUUUGUCACUCAAACAAGCUCUAAGUGGGAUGAUUUUUGUAUAACUUGUCUGUUUUUGAGACACUACAGCAAAAAGGUGAGCAAAAAUUUCCAUAUCAGGGGCCCAGCUGAGUUUUCUGACAGGCAGUUGAGGUCUAACUGGUUACCAGGAGGCUUAAAUAACACUUCUUCCUUACUUCUUUUUCUGUUGCAAGAGUUAUCCAAAAGUUUGGUAAAGUCAUCAUUUCCAAUGUAACUUCUACCAUUAUGAAGUUUCAUAAUAUUUUUACAAAAACCUACAGUUGACAUCAUUGAGACUAAAACAGUCUGCUCAUCAGUGGAUUUGAUUUUCCCAAUUUUUUUCUUGUUUAUAUGCCGAGCUCUGCUAACUGGCUGCCCACCACGACUCCAUAUAAAGACAUGAUAUCAGUUAAUUCAUUUACAUCUUGGCGAUGAAGCAAACACACUUGUUUUUUUUAACUAUCCCACCAAAGUUAAUUCCAAGAUGCUUUGACUCCAGAGUUUGAAUCUGCAAAAAAAAAAAAAAAAGCAAAAUAAGUUAGAAACUGCCUCUCCGUCUAAUUAAGAGCGUUAUAUUUCUCAAUCAUUUCAAAUCCAUCAUCCUGUCUGUGGAACUGCUCCAGGCCCGACAGACUGCUCUCUAUGCACUCAAUACUCUCAGAUUAUUUCCCUGAAUGUCAACUAAAUUGGACGGAUGAGGGAAACAUGAUGCUGGAGGAGGAAGGAACUUGGCAGUGAAGUCAUUCAUAAACUCCAAACUGAUGAUGACUCGUGUCAGCCCAUGAGGAUGAUGUGCUGAGGGAAGAUUUGUGCAGUCGUGCUGAUAAAUUUUCAGGAUGGGCGCCCUGGCCGACGGGCCUCCUCCUUUCUCACAAUGUAAAGUUUACAUAUGUUCUUGUGGAAAAUUAUUUUAAAUAUGUAAUUACCGUGGUGUAAAUAUGCAUCUGCACUGUAUAAAUAAUAUAAAAAAUGUGAUAUUUGAUUUCCAGAAUAUGUUCAGGCCUUGUUGGAUGUUAAAAUGUUGGAUAUGAUGAACUGUGCAGUGGAAGAGGAAGAGAAACGCGCCAGUCAGGCAUCAUUCGAUGGACUGUAGAUGUCUUUGUGCUGCGGAUCCCUCUGAUCAUGUCUUUUGUUCUUUCAAAAUCCACAAUAACAACACCAUAGAGCAAUAGUGAUCCAGUGUUCAGUGAUAAAUUAUGCAUACUCUCUCUGUUUUCCAUCUGAGGGAGCAUAUUGCAGACGCAUACUGUUUUUCAUGCUGUCACAUUUUAUCUUGUGUCAGUGAGAACUCCUCCAGUGUAAUAAUGUGUCACCUGGAAAUUGAAUAACCCCCAUGAAAUCAACUUUCCCUCUCACUGCGUGUUUAGAAUAAGCUAUAUAAAAGAAAAAGAAACAUGUUCUGAAUAAAAGAAAUCACCACUGAA